GCUAUAUAUAAACAGGCGGAGACCGCAUCUCAGACUCGGAUACGGUUUAUACGAUGUACUCACUGCUAUAUAAAACCAGGGAGAGAGCCAAAAUCUAAAUUUAAAGGCCGAAAGGAGCCGAGCGCCGCCGAGCCGCCCGCCCGCCUCAGUCCAUCGCCGACUGCCGCCCCGACAUUUCCAAACGCAUCGCGGUAACCGUUAACGUAAACGGCAAAAAACUUCCGAACACCGAAGUGAAGUGAAUUGAAAAGUUUGGAUUUUCCAGUGCAGUGCCAGUGUGGUGUUUUGUUGUUAGUUACCGCGAUGCAGAUAUCGGCGUGACACCGGGUUGACAAGAUUCAAUCCGCGAGAUGUCGCAACCGCCGCCGGGACACGGACGCGCGCGCCCCCCGGGCCCUCCGUCCCCCCUCCACUACCGCCCCCCCUCACCAUGGGCCCCAAGCCCACCCCCACUUAUCUCUGGCCCUCGGCAUUCCACAGCCCUGAUGUCACCACCAACAGUUCAGCCGUCACCUAAACCAUUCAGGCCAUUGCAUUCUCCUUUCCGGCCGCACUCUCCAUCUCCGAGCUCACAUUUCUCUAUCUCGCCCUAUCCCAUGUCUCCUACGUUGGGGCAGAGCCCGGAGUAUUAUUACUCGUCUCCUUACGAGCCAGUUCGGGAGUACGAUUACGCGGGAGUCCCGCUGGAGCCGCCUCCGCCCCCGCGGCCGAUGAUAUACGAGGAGGAUGAAGAAAGAGGGCCAUCCACGGCAGAGAUCAUUGCCAGCCAGUCACAGGAAGGCUACGUUGAUGAGAAGCUAGCAGAGUAUCAGCUUACAAUUCAGUUAUUACAAGAUGAACAGGAAAGAGUACAGAAGAAGACAUUCGUUAAUUGGAUCAAUUCACAUUUGUCGAAGCGCAUACCGCCACUGCGCAUAGACGAUUUGAUACAUGAUCUGCGCGAUGGCACCAAACUAUUGGCGCUGCUCGAAGUGCUGUCGGGGGAGAAACUGCCAAUGGAACGCGGUCGCGUCCUCCGCCGCCCGCACUUUUUGUCCAAUGCCAACACUGCGUUGAGGUUCCUCGCGGGAAAACGAAUCAAGCUUGUGAACAUCAACGCAGCGGACCUCGUGGACGGCCGACCUGCCGUCGUUCUUGGUCUAAUAUGGACCAUCAUCCUCUACUUCCAGAUCGAGGAGAAUAGCCGAGCGCUGGAGUACUUGGGCGGGUCGCGGUGCGCGUCCGUCAUGUCGCAGGAGUCUGGGGCCGCCACCCCGACGCACCGCGCUGAAGACCGCUGGAAGCAGGGCGCCAAGAAAACGCUGCUGCAGUGGGUCGCCAACGCCCUGCCCAAGGAUUCCAAUAUUCAUGUAUCAGACUUUGGUCCCUCUUGGCGUGAUGGUGUGGCUUUCCUUGCUAUUAUCGACGCAAUUAAAGCCAACCUGAUCAAUCUCGCCGAGAUGAAGAGGAAGACGAACAGACAGCGCUUGGAACAUGCUUUCGAUGUAGCUGAGAACGAACUGGGCAUCGCCAGGCUUCUGGAUGCAGAAGAUGUAGAUGUGGAGAAGCCAGAUGAAAGAUCCAUUAUGACUUAUGUGGCACAGUUUUUGCACAAAUAUCCUGAACCCAAGACAACAGGACCGGACGCUGUAGCGGCAGUACAGGAGGAAUACGAAUCUCUUAGAAUGUGGUUGACGGAACGCGUCACCAUCAUUCAAAGGCAAUACGACACGCGAACUCUCUCGCGAAACUACGAGGACUACGUCCGCGCCGAAAACGACAGGCUCGCCCGAGAGCCUGUCUACCAGAAACUAGAAAAACUCAUGUACACACAAAGCUUAGUAGCCAUCGCGCCCAAGUCGUGGCGCGAGCUAGUUUCCCUCUGGACAGAACUCGAGAGAUUGCACAGAAGGUGGCUCUGGCUUUUGGACUCUGACUUACCCGGGGAUUUCAGAAUGGUCGGUGAAUGGCUGGCCAGAGCUGAAUACCUUUUAUACUUUGACGAAAUACCUACAAGCCUUGACGAAAGAACGGCAGCUAUCAUCAGCGAGAAACUAGAGGAACAUAGCUCGUUCUUCGCUAGUCUUCCUGAAGUUGUUGAUAGGUUUGAAGCGGCGUUAAGAUCCCCUGACGCUUCAAGAAUCCCCGGGGAGAGGCUUCAAGAAAUGAAAGAGCGCUUAGAGACUGUCAGUCGAAGAGCCCCACAGAGAAAAGCUAGAUUAAAAUAUUUAGAACACAAAUGCUGCAUAGUAGCUUUCACAGAACUGACCAAAGCUAAACUAGCCACGUGGACCGGAAAAUACGGCCGCAUUGAUCACGUUCGUGCCUUAUUAGAUGAUUAUGAUAAUUUUGUGACAAAGAAUAAGAUUUUCCAAGAGUUUGAUAGAGCGUAUGUUGAUAUAAAAGAAGUAGCGCAAGAGUACAAGAGAGUGUGUCAAGUAGAUAGGACUGAAGCUAAAGAGAUUGAUGCAUUUUUGAGAGAAGUAUCAGAAACGUGGCGAAGGGUGGCCUCAGACGUGAGGUGCGCCCGAAGCGUACUCGAAGAAGUGAUAGCUCAUUGGGAUAGGUGGAAUACUUUGUCUGAUGACUUUACAACUUGGUUGGACAAGGCACAACACAUGCUGCGCGUCUCUGAAGACGAAAGAUUGGAAUUCUUCCACGAUCUGACCGUGUGGAAGGAGAAGCACCAACUGCUCGGUGACGCUGCUGGAUUCCUGGCUGCGACGUCAUCUGAUGACAUUGCGUCAGAAGUCAAGCGGAAAUACAUCGAAAUCACCGAACGAUGGGAGCGAGUAUGGGAAGAAGCCGAGAGGUACGUCCGCGGCGGCGACGCGCUGCGGCACCGGCGCGAGCUGGCGGCGGGCGCGGCGGCGCUGGACGCGUGGCUGCGCGCCGCCGACGCGCUGCUGGCGCGCCAGCCGCGCGCCGCCACCAGGGACAUCCAGGCCUACAUCGACCAGCUGCUGCAGCUCAACAGCGAGAUUGAGCACCACGAGGAACUCUUUAAAACCAUAAGCAGAACCUUCCAAAACGCAAUCGCCGAGCUACCCCGCGACGAGGUAGAAGCCAACAUGGCGAAGCUAAAGCAGCAGAAGGAAGCGUUAGUGCGAGUCCGCGCCACCGUGCCAGUCAAGUUGCAUCAGUACCGGCAGCUACUCGUCCAGCACGAGUCACUCGAGACCGGCCAGAGGGAGAUCGGCCAGUGGUUGGACAAAGCGGAGGAGGCGCUGGCCACGACACACCAGACUAGACGUGAAAUCAUAGAGGAGCAGUACGAGAUCCACCGCUCGUUCUUCUCACGGACAACGUACUACCGCUCCAUGCUGGAGAGCAAGAACAAGGUCUUCCAGAACAUCGUGAAGUCGGCCGACGCGGACCGCAGCGCUGACGUCACGGAGCAAGUGCACCUCAUGAGAGAUCUCAAUGACAGAUUUGCGCACGUGUCCUCGGAAGCAACACGCCGCGAGGCCGAUCUGCAGCGACUCGCUCGCGCUUGGGAAGAGUUUGAGACCAAGAAGCGUUCCGUGGAGGAAUGGGCGUCCCGCGCGGAAGCCCUGUUGGCCGACAACCGAGUUGACUCCAAGCAGGCCGUGGACUUCCACAAAAGGUUCUUCCAGGGAGCCGAUGAGAGGGCCGUGUCUGAGCUUGUUCGCUCUGGAAGGGAGCUCAUAGAGCUGGUCAGCGAAGAAGAGCGGCCGCAAGUAGUCAGCACGGUGGAGACACUGCAGCGGCGCUGGCGCGAGCUGCUGGCGCGCGCGCCGCCGCACCUCAUGCGCCUCGAGUUCCGCCUCGACGAGGCCGUGUUCGCGCACUGCAUCAAGGACAUCGAGAAGGAGAUCGUCUACGAGGAACAGGCAUACAACCAAAGCGACGACGCAGAUGGAAUUCUCAUCAGGAACGAGGAAUACUUCCGCAACCAAGGCAAGGUGAUGCAGGUGGAACAUUGCCUCCAGAACCUGAAAAAGAUUGCCACCAGUUACACCCAGCAGACGAAUGAUACAUCCCUUGAAGAAGCCUUGAGAAGGUGUGAACAGCAAUGGGAGAGCACCGUCCACAGAGUGGAGCACUUCCGGCAGCAGCUACAGAGGAUCCCGGCCAAGUGGGACGCCUAUAGGGAGAAGUUCCGUGAGAUGGAAAGGUGGAUGGACCACGUAGACAAGACUAUGGAUAGCAUUGUCAGAGAAGUUGACUCCGCUGAAGCGUUUGAACGAGAGAAGACUAUAUUCCAGAACAUUUGCCGUGAAGCAGACAGGAAGCGUGAAGACAUGAAGUGGCUUGUUCAGACACUGGAUAUGCUGACUAACCAUUGCUCUGAGCUUGAGGCUCAAGAAGAACAAGUCAAACUUGAAAAUCUCAUUGCACGAUACAAAAAUCUCAUCCCAACAAUCGAGAUCACAAUGAUCAAGACUGAGACCUACACGAGAUGUUACACUUAUCGCCGUGAGGUUCAUGAAGUGAUCUGUAUUCUUGAAAGCGUGAAAGAACAAGCUAUGAUAGAACCAGAACCACAAUCCUUGCAGCACGUGGAACAGUUGGUUAUGGAACAACAAUCGGCUGUACAGAAGCUCGACCGCCAGCGACCUUCUGUCAUGUCGAUGCUGCAGCGUGGCAAGGAAUUGAUCAAGGACGCGAAUGCACCUGCUUUUGUAAGAGAAGACGUAAGAAAUCUCGAGACCGGUUGGAACGCUGCUUACGAGACAUCCAAUGACCGCCUUCAUAAACUGCGCGAUACGCAGAAGGUGUGGUCCAACUACGAGUAUCAAAAGGAAGAAUUACUGUCUGAUCUUGAUAGGAUAGAAAAUUAUGUCGCUCACCCUGGUUUGGAAUUAGGCGUUACAAACAUUGCCCGUGAGCUUCAAGAAACAAAGACAUUUAAUGCUGAUAUAGAAAGAGCCAAAUCUGAAAAGCUCCCGCAGUUGCAGCAUGCUUACGCUCAAUUGCAGUCGCUAACUGCUGACAAACCCAAGCCUGUUAUUGAGAAAGACCUCGAAGCAAUUGGAAUGAAACUGGACAGAGUGCAAGAUGAAGUUAAAACAAAAGUCGUACAUUUAGAGAAGUUCAACGAAGAAUGGGUAAAGAUAGAACAUAAAUUAGAUCAUGUUCGUGAAUGGAUAAAGAAAGAAAGCCCAGUACUCAUUUCUCAUAUUCGAUCUGAAAACAUUACUCCCGAAGAACGAGUUUUAAAAUCACAAGCAUUGCAGAAAGUAAUUGCUGAAAAACUUGACAUCAUCAAGGAGGUCGCAGACCAAGGAACUAAACUAGCCGUAGAACACAAAGUCCAGGACGCAAACAGGCUAAAAGGGGAAGUUGCUUUGUUAGAGAAAAUGAUGGCUGAUCUUCAGCGUUCAACAGAACAUCAAACCAAAGUUGUAGAACAUGAUUUAGCAAGCUGGCAAAAGUAUCAAAAAGGAGUAGUUGAAAUUAAACCUUGGGUUGAAGAAGCUGAAGCUAAACUAGGCAGUGUACCUAAACCUUCAACGCUAGCUGAGGCGCAGCAAAUGCAACAACAAUCUAAAGCAUUGCUAACUGAUUGUGACAAACAGUUGAUGAACCUUCAGAUUCUUUCAAGCGUGAGCCAUCAAUUAUCUGGCAAAACAAGUGCUCCCGACGAAGUCGACGCUAUUCACUCAAGAUGGGCAGUAAUUCACGACCAAGCAGAUCAAUGGAACAAUAAAUUAGACAAAUUAGUCACUAAUUGGGAGAACUUUGAACGUGAGGCACAGAAAUUAGAAGCAUGGAUAGAAAAUGGAGAAAAACUCAUAAGUAGUCGAAGUGUUACUAUCGAUUCUCCACAAGUUGAAAAAUUAGACCGUGAAUUGAACAAACUAAAGUCGUUUGGCAAUGAAAUUUCGCAACAGCAAGCUAAAAUUAUUAGCUUGUCUCAGACUUGUGACAAUAUAUGUCACAGCAUACAACCCGAAGGAGCUACUUUGUUAAAAAAUAAUGUAGCUAGUAUUAAACAACGCACAAAUGAUUUGGCCGAAACAGUUCGAGGUCGAGUUAAUGAGCUAUCGGAUAAAAUAAUUGUCCGUCAGGAAUUCAUGACCAAAUUGCAUACAUUCGAUAACUGGAUUACUGAUUUUAGGAGAAAGACUGAAAGCUAUGAUCAAAUAGCUGCGGACAAAGUAGAACCUGCACUGCAAUCUAUGCAUGUCCUGCUUCAAGAACAUGCAGCAAAAGCUCCAGAAUUUACGGACAUUUACAACGAAAUCAAGAAUAUGACGCUCUCAUCACAUCCUGAUGAAUCGCGUGCUUUGAGCGAAACCUACUCUAACAUCGCAGAGCAUUACCAAAUAAUUGAAAACAAUAUUCAACAAAACAAGGGCGUAUUACAGAAAUGGGCAGACCUCUUGAACUGGUACGAAGACAAUAAGCAACAACUAGGGCAUAUUCAGUACCAAAUAGAUGGUCCAAAACUCACUCCUGAGAACUACGAAAUAUUACGCCAAGAACUAGUCAACGUGAUAACUAAGAUACCUGAAUGGAAGAGUAACGUUGCUCUAUUAGAUGGACCUUCACGUGUCAAGGUUACAGACCAAAAUUCAGGUAGAAUGAUAUCACCAACGAGUCUUGUUAAGGAAAUUGAAAUGAAAGCGGAUGCUCUGCUCAACCAAGUGACGACGAAGAGAGAUUUGGUUCAAAAGGUAGGAGCUAGGUGGGACAAAUUCAAUGUACAGCAUAAUGCUUUAUCAGAAGUAUUACACAACGUCCAAUCCGUCUUAAAUGAAAUGGCUCAAAAACCUGUACCUCUGACUGAAGCUUCAAUUCAAGAUAUGACUGAAGAACUUGACAAGUUAGAUGCAGAACUUAAGGAUAAACAGUCGGUACGAAAAGAACUAAGAGAAGAAGGCCUACAUUUGAUGCGGGAAGAUCAACCAAAUAUGGGCACUAUUCAAAAUGCCUUGACGGCAGCUGACAAUAACUGGGACCAGAUUGUAAAUUCAGUGCGUGAUACAAAGAACAAAUAUAUACUUCUUUCAUCUACCUUACAGGAGUUGAAAAACUUUACCGUCGCUUUUGACCGGGAAAUGACAAGAGCAGAUCAACUUUACAGUGAAUGCAAAGAUGCUCCUCAUGAUUACGUGCAAACAGCCCAUGCUUUAGACAAAGCUAAAAAAGCUUAUGAAAUUCUUAGGCGGUCCAAAGGAUUGUUGGAUCAAAUGGACCUCAUUAAGCAGUCAAUCCUUAAACAAGCUUCUACUUUAGGUGGUUUUGAUACUAGUCCUUUGGAAGAAGCUUUCUUAAACUCUCAAACUCAAUGGGAGAAAGCGAAUGACGCUAUCAUUAAGCGCAUCCAAGACUUAGAGUCUCAACUCAUUGUAUGGAGGCAAAUUGACGAUACGAAGAACCAAGUUGUUACUUGGUUAAGUGAAACUGGCCAGAACUUAGCUAAUGCUAGUGAUAACUUAGAAAUAAGAUUCGGACACAGCCAUUUGACCAAGUACAAAGAGGAACUUCCAAUAUAUGCUGGCUUGAAAAACAGCAUUAAAGCCAAAUGUGAACAGAUAACCAAUCUCAAUAAAAACAUUCCUGUCAGCCAAGUUUCAUCAAUAGUUGAGUAUUUAGAUAAUGAGUUUGAAGCUUUACAAUCAUUAGCUGAUAACCUCGAGACUGCGGUAUCAUCCUUAGAAACUAAAGAAAAUAAAUUAAAAGAUAAUAUUAAGCGAUUGUCAGACAGCGUGAGUAAAAUAAGAGAUGACAUCAUUCAAUGCGACGAUAUGACAGGCGAUAAUGCGAAGAUUUUGGAUCGUCUUAAGAAGUGUCAGUCAUGCAAAGCUAAAUUACAAGAGUUAAGCGACGAGAUUGAUAAUGUAGCACAAAACGUCUCAGAAAUGAACGCAAAUUAUCCUGGGUUUUACGAAUCUCUAGUUCCUAAAGAAUUAAGCGGACUACAAAAACGAUUUGAAAGCGUAGUAGUGAACGCUAACAAAACUGAAACAACGCUCCUAACUUUUUUGCAAAAGCUCUUUACUGACAAGCUCAGUAUGUUCAAUAGAAAUCUGAAAAUCUUAGAUGAUAAAACUAGAUGGUGUAUGCCCGAUGCUGCAAGUGAUAAAUACAAUUUAGAAGUUAAAAACGCAGCACUCGCUGAUGUUGAAAACGGAUUAGUUGAAUGUGUCGCGAAGGUUAAAGAAUUAAAAGAAGCCUGUGACAUAUUACACGUUGUUGCCGAACCAGCUUGCGCUCAAGAAGCCGCUCAGCAAACAGAAAAAGCGAGAAAGAAUCUAGAUGUGCUGACAUCAAACUACGAACAAAUUAAGAGCAAACUAAAAGAGAAUAUUGGAGCUUGGCAAGAUUAUGAAACGUUAUUGGAAAACGUUUCAGAAUGGCUAAAAGAAAAAGAAAAUAGGGUAAGACAAGAAGCAGCUAAUCUGCUUACUCUAGAUGAAAUAGACAGCAAAAUAACGGAUAUUACAGCAUUAAAUAAAGAAAUUAAAGACCAUGGCGAUCAAGUCGACAAACUAACGGGUAUAGGUGAAACUAUCAUAGCUCAAAAUACAGACUCACGUGUUUUGCAAUAUAUCAAUCAUUUAGUUACCAGGUAUCAAACUGUUUCUAAAUUUAUGGACAACCACCUUGCCAGGCUAAAAGAUUUGAAAGAAAACAAAGGUAAAUACAAUAAGUCAAUAGCUGAAUUUAAAAAUUGGCUUCAAGAUGCAAAUGCAAAGAUUAAGGACCUAUCAGCUAUGAGCAAACAUGCUAAACCGACUCCGACCGAUCUAGAACAAGUAAAGAAAUUAAACGACAACAAAGAAAUUGGCCAAAAACUUUUGAAUAAUGCGAUUGAAUCUGGGGAAGCAUUAUUUAGUGGUAUAACACCUGAGGAUCGGGAAGCAGUUAGGAAUGAACUCAGAUCCUUAAGAGACUACUUUGAAGAUUCGGUCGAUUCUCUUAAUAACGUUAUUAAAGAUAUUGAGACUACAAUCAACAAACGUUCUUCAUUCGAUGAUACUUUCAACCAAGUUCAAAAAUGGAUUGGUGAUAAAGAGAAAGAGCUAGGUGAGUUCAAACUGGGGGCUACCUUACCUGAAAAGAAGGCCCAGUUACACGCCAAUAAAAUUUUACAUCAGGAGGUAGAGUUACAUCAGUCAAUGCUGACCCAACUGACAGAAAAGAUAAAACUUAUGCCUGAUGAUGAAGCCGAAAAAAGUUUAUCUAAGACCAUUGGCAGGUAUCAAAACAUGGCUAAAGAGCUUCAAAAUCGAAUUAACAUCUCUGAAUCACAUGUCGCAGAACACGAAAAAUAUGUCCAAAUGUUUGAAGACACCCGUGAUCGCCUCAAUCAUAUAGUAGCUGAAAACAGCAUGCUAAACUAUGGCGUGGUUUCACAAAAAGAUGACGUCGAUUCGAAAAUUGCUGCUAUAGAACAGGUUACGUCCAAAGCACAACAUAUUGAAAAUGAUUUAGAUGGCUUAAAAUCUCAUUUAACUUCCCUUUUAAAGUCUACAAGUUCAAAUGGACAUCCAAUACUGAUAAGCGAAUACGAACAGCUUACUGCGACAUGGAAUCAGUUUUCUUCUCAAUGCAAAGCCCAAGAUGAAAAACUCAAAGAAACAUUAAAACAAUGGAAUGAAAGUCAAAAAACCUUAGACGAACUGGAAGAAUGGCUUAAAAUCAAAGAAAAUCAACUGAGAGAUCAAAGCUUAAAGAGUACUCUAGAAGCUAAGAUUGCUCAUUUACAAAAGGUUAAAGAAAUGCAGACUGAGUUAGCGUCACGAAGUGGAGAAUUUUCCGCUUUGGCAAGGUCUAGCAGCACACAAAAUGUUGCCAGCGAAACUGACAUUUCAACAAAAACAUCUAAACUGGCUACAAGAUAUCAUACCCUAAACAAUCUUGUUAGUGAAACUAUAUCUAAGUACGAGGUGUUUGUGUCUGAGCAUAAAGAAUUCGAAAAUGAUUACACUGAUAUGGAAAGCUGGCUAAUGGGUAUGCUUGGUGAGCUACAGGAUCUAAAUGAAAUUGUUGGUGAUUAUGCUGUUCUGCAAGAAAAACAGAAUAAAGCUAAAGAGCUAUAUGAAACAAGAAAUAAGAAGACGCCAGCUUUUGAAGAAUUCUUAGGCUUAGGAGAGAAACUUUACACACAUACCAGCCCAGAUGGCAGGGAGGUCAUUCGUCAAAAGAUUCGUAAAAUUAGAACUCUGUGGGAUAGUUUUGGCGAUAGCUUCCAAGAAACUGUCAAUAAAUUAGACCAGUGCCUAUUACAAUUUUCUGAUUUCUCGCUAGCACAGGAACAACUUACAAAAUGGUUAAAAGACGUUGAGAAAGCAAUGCAGCGUCAUACAGAGUUAAAGGCAUCAUUAGAAGAGAAGAAGGCGCAAUUGCAAAACCAUAAAAUAAUGCACCAGGAAAUCAUGUCACAUCAACAACUUGUCGAGUCUGUUUGUGAUAAAGCGCAACAAUUGGUAGACCAGACACAUGAUGCGUCACUUAAUGUCUAUUUGCAGUCCAUUAAACAAUUAUUCCAAAACAUUGUUACUAAAUCUCAAAAUCUGCAAGACAAUUUAGAAGAUUGUGUCAAGCGGCAUGAGGACUUAGUCCGUUUGAUCCAGCAAUAUAAGGAAUGGUUUGGAUCUCAAUCAGAAAAGUUACUUGACAUCGAAAAUGCAGUUGGAGAAAAGCCAGAAAUUGUACGGAAAUUGCAAUCAGCAGUUGCUUUGAAAGACAUUGAGAAGGUAGGUUCGAAGAAGCUUGAUGAAAUACGAACUAUAUUUUCUUCUGUCAGCAAGAGCACGUCAGAACCGGGUAACGCGGCCAUCAAAGCUGAAAUAGAUAACUUACAUGACCAGUUACGCCAUGCGGUUGAAGGCAUCGUAUCUUCAGAACAGAAGUUGAAACAUACCUUAGAAAUUUGGAAUAAGUUUGAUUCGUCGAUUGAAUCUAUCACAGAAUGGCUUAAAGACAAAGAAUCUAAGUGCCGCGAUCAAAGUUUAUGUUCAACUUUACAAGAAAAAGAAGCCCAGCUUCAAAGAUACGUUGACCUUCGCAACAGUAUUAACUCUAAAGAAAAGGAGAUUGAUACAUUUGUAGAUGACUCGCAUAGUUUGAUACAAUUAAGUGGCGUCGAACGUCUUAAACCUUUGGUCACACAAGUUAGCAGCCGUUAUCAGCAACUGCACGUUAUUUCUAAAGAGAUCGUCAAUCACUGGAGUGAAUUAGUGGCAGAUCAUAAGAAGUAUGUGCAACUACAUAAUGAAUUUGACAGUUGGCUUAGACCUUUAGAGGAACAAGUUUCUCAAAUGGCAGCUAAAGAAGAUAAGCUAACUAUUGAAAGUAGGGGUAAUAAACUACAAGUGUUCUUGUUGGAAAGAGAUAAUGGAGAACAUAAAAUUAGUAUUCUGACUAGUGCUGGUGACAAGGUACUGCCUGAGACUGCUGCGAAUGGUAGAGAGAACAUUCGAGUUGAAAUCAGAACACUUAGAGAACGAUGGGAUAAACUAAACGAUUCAAUUCUCCAGCAACAAAAGGAAUACGAAUCCCAAACACUUCAAUGGUCAAGUUAUCAAGAUGUUUUACAGCAGACGUUGUCUUGGCUCGAUGAGAAAGAAAAAAUCGUGGACACAGAAGAAAAAUCAGUGCUAAAUUCUGCUCAAGAAAUAAAAUCAAAGCUUCUGAAAAAUAAGACAUUACUUCAAGAAAUUUACUCUCACAAGAGAGUAAUUGAGACAGUUACAGAAAAAGCAAAGAGUGUGGCUGCUUCUUUGCACUCCGGGAAAGGUGAAAACGAUGAAAUGGCUAGCAUCAUAAAAUCCGUGUGGGAUCGCUACAAUGCCUUGACAAGCAGACUGUCAGGAAUUAUUGAUAAACACGAAAGCAACUUCGAGAUAUACCAACAGUUUACGGAUCAGCAAAAGUCACUACAAGACUAUCAAAAGCAUCUGUGGGAUCGUCUGCACCUGCUAUCAGAUUUUACUGGAAACAAAGCAGCGUUACAAAGUAAAUUAGCCAAAAUACAAGAACUACUGGAUGCUAUUCCAACUGGCAACAAUAAAUUGAAAAUACUGCAAGACUUAAUUGAAAACAAUGGUGCCAAAUUAUCGCCUAGAGGAAAAGAAGGAAUGUCCAGGGAACUGGCAUUACUUAGGGCUGACUUAGAAAAGUUCACAGCCACUGUCCAUGAUGUGAAGCGAGGUAUUGAAGAUAAGAUUCAGCAAUGGGUCGAGUUUGACAGCGCCAAUGAUCGACUUCAACACUGGCUGAGCGACACGGAGAUGAGUCUCAAGACGUACUCACCCAAAGCAACUUUAGAAGAGAAAUUGGAUCAGCUCAAUAAAUACCAGGACUUAUGUAAAGCGAUUGAUAACCAUGAAACUGAUUUGAGCGCAGUCGCUUCGUUGGGCGAAGCGUUGGACCAAGCUAUUUUAGCUAAUCUAAAGAAAACAGAAAACGAUGUUGACAAGCUAUCUGAUGAGUUUAGUGAUUUAAUAGAAAACUGCAAUGAUACAAGAAUCACUAUGAACUUGCAACAAAUGACAUCACGAUUCCAAUCAGUGCAAUCAACUGCGAAAGAAUUGGUUAAGAAAUGUGAACAAGCCGUUAACGACCAUAAUGCUUAUCAAGAAAAGUAUAACCAAUGCGCAGAUUGGAUAAAAACAGCACAAUAUUCAUUUGAAGAGUGUAACAAAAAUCUAUCCAACACUCCUGAAGGUAUCAAAGCUAAACGCGAAAGCCUAAACGACUUAUUGAGCCAACGUCGCAAUGCUACUCUACUAGUCAAUAACACCUUUGAGUUGGGAGAGAAACUGUAUCCUUCCACUUCACCAGAGGGCAAAGAAUUGAUAGAACAGCAGCUUCAAGACAUCCAACAGGCGAUUGAUAAUUUGUAUGACAGCAUUACAAAGGCGGAACGAGACUUAGAUUCUGAGUUAAACAAGUGGUCAUCGUUUGAAGACAAUUUGAAAACUGUGCAACAAUGGCUCAGUGCCGCUGAGAAAAAUCUACCAAAAGAAAUUGAACUCAAAGCUACGUUGGAUGAGAAAAGAAAUCAACUUAAUGUAUACAGGACAUGUCUUCAAGAUGCUAUCACACAUCAGCAAGAUAUUGCAAACUUAGAAGCAAGGGCACAGAGUCUGCCCGACGUAACUAAAGACAUUACAAAAGAAAUAAGUAUGCUUCAACAACGGCAUAAUGCUAUUCUUGCCAGAGCAAAGUCUUUUGUCGAGCAGUAUGAAGCUAUUGUAAACAAUCACCAGCAAUAUACUAAAGCGGUAAUGGAUUUGCAAGAAUGGGUAGAAUCUACCCACAAUACCGUCCAGCUUUGGGGUGAUGUUAACCUUGAACGCGUUGCUUUGAGCAGCAAUUGCGAGAAGCUCAAAUCAUUGCAGCAUACUUUACCUGAAGAGAAAAACCGUAUAGAUAAAAUACGCAGCCUAGGUGAAAAAGUGUUACCUGGAACCAUAAGCAAUGGUCAGGCGAAUAUAAGGAACCAAAUUGACGCUUCUCACCAAGAAUGGGAAGGUCUUGUGUCUUUCAUUUCAAAAACAAUAGAGGCUUUGGAGAGUAAGAUACAACAAUGGAAUGAAUAUGAAAACAUGAAAGAGCAGUGCUUGGCCUGGAUAAGAAAUACAGAUACGCAAAUUCACGCUGUAGAUCUCAAGGCAACGUUAGCCGAGAAACAAGACCAAUUCAAGAAAUUCCAAGAGUUGCAAGGAGAGGUGAGGGCUAAAGAACUAGAAAUUGACAAUAUCACAGAAAAAGCACAGAACCUUUACACUGGUGUGCUAGGUCCUCGUGGUUCACAAAUAUCAGACUUAUCUGUGAAAUAUCAAGCGUUAUCUCAGAAAGUGAAAGAUCUAACAAACAGAUGGCAGCAAUACGUCAAGACUCACCAAGAAUUUACCAGCAAUGUUACCGAAUGUUCUCAAUGGAUUGAAGAAUUAAGAGACAAGCUGGACUUCUGUGCUGACUUGAGCUCUUGCUCUCAGGAUGAUUUAGAAACCAAGUUAGUAUUAAUUCAAAACCUUCUACUUGCCAAGGACGAAGGUUUUACUAAAGUUCAGUCCCUGGUGGAACUUGCUCAAAAUGUUAUGGCGAAUACGGCACCUUCUGGACAUGAUGCUAUCAACAACUCUCUUGUCGCUUUGCAAGAACAAUGGUCAGCUCUUUUGUCCAGAAUGAUAGAGACUAAGAACUUACUCGACGAUUCGGUCACAAAAUGGGCUGGAUUCUUAGAACAAAUACAACUCAUAGAAAAAAGCAACACAUGGAUGGAAAAUAUGCUGGCAGAGUUGACACCAUACGAAUCUUCCAUGUCUGAUAAGAGAACUCAACUUGAAAAACUUAAAGAAGUUGAAGAAAAAGCAAGAUGCGAUCGUCUUGAAGUCGAUACUUUGAAAGCAAAAGCAGCCGAAAUGCUGGCCAGUGGUCAGCAAAAUCAGGUAGCGUCUAAAGCUCAAGAGACACUUAACAAGUUUGACACUUUGUAUGAUAAAAUAAAGAAACUCUUGACAGAUAGAGAAGAACACUAUAAAGAUCAUAGGUUGUAUAAGGAAGCGCAUGACGAGCUGAUCCAGUGGCUUAGUAGAGCAAGAGAAAAGGUUCCAUCAUUGAAAUCUAAGCCUUUAAGUGAUAAAUUGGCGAUUGAGAAUUCGGUUGCCCCUCUAGAUGCUUUAAUUAAUAAACAAGCUCAAGGUGAACUACUGUUGGAACAUUUACAACAUACAGGCGAAGUAUUGUUAGCAAGCACUUCUCCUGAAGGACAAACUGUAAUCAAAAAUGAAAUGAAAGCUUUGAAAGAAAGUUUCGAUGACUUAUUCAAUGAAAUUAAGCGACAAAAGAGUCAACUGGAAGAUACUGUGAAUCAGUGGCGUGAAUACAAGGACGAAUAUGAGAGAUUGUCUGAUUGGUUGCAGCAGAAGGAAAUCCACAUCAAGAACCACAAACUUGCACUGCUAGGCACAGCCAAAGAAAAGGGCGCCCAAGUGAAUGAAGUGAAAGCGAUUGUGGAUCAGCUGAACAAGGGAAAAGCUGACAUCGAUAAAUUUAAUGCUUCUGCUGCAGGCUUACUAUCAUCGCAUUUAGAUACUUAUGUAAAUAAUCAAUUGAGACAUCUUAACUCCAGAUACCAAGUAUUAGUGAACAUGGCAAAUGAUGUACUCAAGAAAGUUGAAACUAACUAUGAACAACAUCAAAACUAUGACGAUAAUUAUGUCAAGACCAAAAAAUGGAUUGAUGAUGCUUGGGAAAUCACACGAAGCGGGAGUGACACUGGUAGCAACAGCAGUAAGGACGCUCUGCAGAAACGCUUAGAACAAAUUGAAGACCUGUUAAAACGAAGAGAAGAAGGCCAGAAUUUAGUACAUGCAACUGUAAACAGUGGAGAAAAGGUGUUACGUAACACAAGAUCCGAUGGUAAAGACAAGAUCAAUACACAAUUAAAAGAACUUCAAAAUGAAUGGGACCGUCUUGUUAAGAAAAUGACUACAGCUAAAGUUCACCUCGAGACUGCAAUGCUCCAAUGGGCUGACUACAGUUCCAGCUAUUCUCAACUGCAGCAAUGGAUUUCCGACAGGGAAGCUAAAUUACAAGAAGUGUGUGAGCAAAAAGUCGCCAAGUCCAAGAAAGGCCAAGACCGUCUUGCAGGUCUUACGGCUGGGCUUAGUAUCGGCGAAAGAAAAGCCACGCUUCGUCAAACAAACAAUAUUGUUCAAGAUAUCGUUUCGUUUGAGCCCAUGAUUCAGUCCGUAACUUCUAAGGCUUCAGAACUUAUGCAACAGGCUCCGGCAUCUGAGAUAACCAGCAAGUAUGAAACGCUUACCAAACAAGCAAAAGACUUAUAUGAAAAACAAAAAGAAACUGUCGAACAACAUCAAGCUUUUAUCGAUGCUGGUACAGACUUUGUCCAAUGGAUUAGAGCUGCCAAGGAAAGGUUAGGAAAGUGUUCUGAUGCUACCGGAGAUAAGGAAUCAUUAAGCAGCAAGAUAUCGCAACUCAAAGUAUUGGAAAGCGAGCUGCCUGAAGGCCAGGCAAAACUACAGAAAGCUCUAGAGCAGGGUGAGAUAUCUUGUGGGCUAGCUGACGAUGAAGACAGAGAGGAAAUAGAAGAAGAAGUGGCGCUAAUGCAGGAAGAAUACGAUACAUAUGUUGAACAGCUAAAUAAUACUAAAGCAUUAAUAGAAGGAGGUAUCGUAAAAUGGACAGAAUACGAAGAGCAGUACAAGGAAGCCUUAGACUGGUUGUCAAAGACUGAGAAAUUAGUACAAUCGUUCAAUAAACUGCAGAACAACCUGGAACAGAAGAAAGUUGUUCUUGAAGAGUUCCAGGGGCACCUUCAAACACUAUUCGACUGGCAAAUUGAGUUGGAUAAGCUGAACGUGCGCGCUCAAACCUUGUUGGAGACAUGUUCAGACACUAGGGUCUCCAAUGGCAUCACCCAGCUUACCACCAAGUACAACGCCUUACUGUCACUUGCAAAGGAAGUGAUGAAGCGACUUGAAGUACAUUACCAGGAACAUCAACAACAUAAUGCGCUUUAUGGUGAAUGUCAAGAUUGGCUAGACAGAACCAGAGAAAAACUCAAUCAAUGCGCUGAAAUACCGCACACGUUGAGUGAGGUUAACAGCAAACUUAACACUGUAAAACUUUUACGCCAAUCUCUGGAACAGGGUCAAAACAAAUUGAGGUACCUUCUUGAGUUAAAGGAGAAAGUCAUGAUGAACACUGAACAGGCUGGUGCGGCCAAGAUUCAAGAAGAUACUGACAAUUUGAAACAAGAAUUUGAUAAGCUUAUCAAUGAUCUUCAAGAUGUGAGGAACAAGUUGACAAGCAGAGCUGCCCAGUUUGAUGAUAUAUCCAAGAUUCACAAAUUGCUAGUAGAAUGGCUAGACGAUAUUGACCAAAAAAUUCAAUCUGAUGAUUCACUUCUGAAUGAUUUGUCUGAAAAGAAAGCAAAACUAGAAAAAUUCAAGACAUUCAACCGAGACAUAGAGUCUCAUAGCGAUUUGGUGAAGAGGUUGAAAGAAAAGCUGCAAGAAGAUGCGUCGCUGAAAUCCAAAGAAAUCGAAGAUUCUUUAAAGCGUUACGAAGACAUAAAGAAAACAGUUAACGAUAUGAUUUCUAAAUUGGAGGACUAUGUCAACUCCCACAUUCAAUACAAAGAGUCAUACGACAACUUCUACGAUUGGAUACGUAACUGCAAAAUGGAAAUUCAGCAAUGCUCUGACUCUCACGGAGAAAAGGAAGAAGUACAGAAGAAACUUCAAAACGUUAACAAUAUCAUUGGAUCCUUACCUAAAGGGGAAGCCCUUCUCAAGAAAGCAGUCGAACUUAGUGAUGCUGUACUGAAAACUACUGGAAAUGAGGGCAAAGAUAACAUCAAUCAGGAAAUUAAACAAUUAAAGAUCGAAUGGGAGAACUUGCAGCAGAUUUGCAAAGACACUAAGAAGUUACUGGAAAAGUGUCUGUCUGCGUGGUCAGAUUACUUGGAGACUUCCGAUAAGAUGAGCAAGUGGGUGAAAGAGUUCGAUGAUAAACUUAAAUCAGUUCAAAAGAUUGACAAGAUUACUCCUGAACAUCUUGAUAAGUGCAGAGAACUUCUAGCAGAAGCAUUAGGACAUAAACAUGUUUUGGAAGAACUUAACGAUAGGUGCGAAAAUCUCAUGGAGCUCAGCGCAUGCGCUUGGGUUCGUGACAAGACCGUAAACCUGCAGACUGAGUACACAACUCUGUUGACCAAAAUACAAAGUCUAGUGUCAAAUGGCGAGAAGAACUUGUCAGACCAUACAGAAUUCAUUAAGGCUAAAGACGAAUUGCAGCAGUGGUUGGAAACUGCACAUGGAACCGUUCAUGAUUCUAUUGGUGUGGGUGACAUAGAUACCACUAAAGAUAAAUUGGAAACUGUCAAACUUGUAAAUAACCGCAUGACUGAAGGACACCAUUUCCUAGUCGUGUUACAAGAAGCAUUCAAGAAAGCGCUGAACAACACCCCACCUGAAGAACAAGACGGUCUCCGCAAUGACGUCAAAGUCCUGCAAGAGAGCUGGGAUCAGUUGAAGAUAGAUUUGAACUCUAUCACGGCUCAGCUUAAGGCUGCUAUUGGCAAAUGGGAGGACUUCGAGGAAUCCAAGAACAAAAUGAAUCAAUGGAUUAAUGAAACUCAGCAAAACUUAGAGAAAGUCCCGCCUACAGGUGGCGAGCUUGGUGAAAUGAAGACAUUGCUAGAAAAAUACAAACAUAUCGAGGAUGAAAUCAAUAACAAGAAGCCCGAACUGGAAAGAAUAAAGAGUGAAGCUGCAGAGCUCAGUAGCUGGGCUAAGAAACCUGCAGCUAAAGAAUCUGUCACCGAGCUGGAGAAAAAGUGCAACGCUUUGAAAGCCAAAUGCGCAGCACGCAAGGCAGAAUUGGAAUCUGAAAUUAAGGACUAUAAUCAGUAUCAUCAAUCACUGCAAGACACUGAAAAAUGGUUGUUGCAGAUUUCAUUCCAACUGAUGGCACAUAACUCCUUAUACAUCGCAAAUCGGGAGCAAACGGAGGAACAGCUAGCCCAGCAUGCUGUCCUGUUAGACGACAUCCAAAAGUAUCGCACGACGCUUGACGAUUUAGAAGGCAAAGGACGAGCUCAAAUCGAGCGUUAUGAAGCUAGCACUCCUAAUAUUCGUGAUACUGUUGGGAAACAGUUGAAAAACGUGAAUGACAGUCAUAAGUCUCUGCUCGCGACCGCUUUGCAGAUCGAGCGCCGUCUUAGAGAAGGUCUCGCUAAAUUCAAGGAAUAUGAAGACACUUUGGAAAGUAUUCUAAAUAAUUUGGACGAGUGUGAACCAGCUAUUACAGAAUUGGAUGUGCCUGUCGAUGGCCUGUCCCAUGGCCGUGAUUUACUGGAUAAAGCUAGGGCUCUGCACAACCGCCUCCAGACGGAGAAGAGCCGGCUGUCGGCGGCCGUGGCCGCGUGCUCGGCGGCGGCGGCGUCCGUGUCGCGGCCCUCGUCGCCCGCCGACUCGGCGCCGCUGCCCAUCCCGCCGCGCGAGCUGCACGUGCGUGCAAGACUCGAAGACCUAAUCGACCAGACUCAUGUGGCCGAUCUAUCCGCGCCGAGUCGUAUCGAUGAAUUACUAAAGAAUGUAGAAGAGCCGGAGUUCGCCGAAAAGCUUGUGGCUUUCGAACAAAAGGUACAAAGCCACCUCGAGACGUUGAGCGAUGCCGUCCAAGGUAUGGAGGAAGCCAUGAAGCAGGUGCUCGAGAUCCAAGAUUGGAUAAAUGUGCACAAGGCGCUGGCCCGCGAUUGGCUGGCCAACCCGUCCAAGCUCCGCCCCGAGGCUGCCAAGCAGGACAUGGCGGCGAUGAACGAUGCGUUGGCGUCGUUGAGCGAGAAGCGAAACAGGCUGCUCACUGAAAUACCAAGUGAAGGUUUGGAAGAUGAAAUUAAUCUAGAAGAAGAACUAGACGAACUAGAAGACGCGAUUCUUGAAGCCAUUGCAAGGGAAAAGGACAAUCAGGGCAUUAUCGACGAUUACCGCAACAAAUGCCAGGAAAUCCACGACUGGUUCGACUCGGUGCUUAAGAAAAUGUGCUUAGCAGACAAAGGUUCCGGCCUCCCCUGUCCUCAGAAGUUAAGCGCUUUGAAGGAACUUGCAGCUGAGUUUGAAAAGUCAGGGAAGGAAAAAGUUGAUGGUAUCAAAGCGGUCGGUUCACAAGUUAUCAACAUUGUUAGUAAUCUGGAAAGCCAACAAGUUGAGGAGCAGAUGAAGUCUGUUGAAAGAAGAUACAAUGACAUCGCCAAACGCAUCCAACGUAAGCUCCAAAUGCUCGAAAUUACCUACAAGGCUAUCGACGGCACUAAGAGUGAAGUAAACGCUCAAAAUGAUUGGAUGCAAAAGGAGAUUGACAAUAUGUUACAUCCAGAACCAUUGGGGUAUGAAAGUAAAUCUGUCAAAGAGAGACAAAAGAAGGUCGCCAAUUUAUUGAAAGAGGCUGAUGGUAAAAAGACGAUAAUCGAUUCUUUAGAAAAGAAGGUAAGCAACAUUCAGUCUGAUCUGGAACCUUCCGAACAGACACAACUAGAAUCAGAAUUGGCAGAACUAUCUUCCAAGCAGAAACAACUAGCAACACUUAUUAAACAAGAAAUAGAAAGGCUAGGUCCAUGCCACGAAGAUAGAAGAAAACUUGAAAAUGAUAUAGAAAAAGCUAAAAAUUGGCUUAAGACUAAACUUGCAGAGAUAAAGAAACUUGGUGGUCCAGUACCACUUGAAACAGCUAAGGUAGAAAAAGAGAUUGCUGUUCAUAAAAAACAUCAAGGAGAGUUGGCUGAUUUCAACAACGACACACUGAGUGAAGUCAUACGUCAAGGUAAUGCCGUAUCCAAAGAUUGUUCUCCCGAAGAUCGUGCUAAAUUACAAGCAAUUUUAGAUGACUUGAAUAAAUCAUACACAUCUGCUAAGGUAGACAUUGACGAUAAAUUAGCAGCAUUAAACAAACUUAUGCAUGGUAGAAACGACUUUGAAUCUGAAUUGGCUAAAUGUCAAAGCUGGCUGAAUGAGGCAGAAGUAGCAGCAACUCCUGAACUUAGAACUUCAAGCCUACAACUAUUAGAAGAGCAGUUAGCAAAGUUCGAGAAACUCAGUAAAGAAGCAGAAGAUGUUGAAAAGAAUAUUGGAAAGAUCAAGGAUAAAUCUAAGGAUAUUUUGGACACUUUAUCGGACUCAAAUAAAUUACAACUAAAAGAACAAGUAAAUGUGUUGUCAGAUAGAUUUGCCAGAAUUAAUGCUAUAAUUCAUGACAAAAAGAAUAUUCUACACAAACAUAUCAAAGAUUACAAAGAGAUUGCUGCUAAGAUUGCUGCAGCUCUGGAAUUCUUGGCUGAAAUCCAGAACAAACUUAAAACUUUAAACAAACCAAUUGGAAGCAAAGUUGAAGAUGUUCAACCAAUUAUCCAGGCUUAUGAGUCAAUCUUAGGUGAUCUCAAAAAGAAUAAGGCAAUGUUGAAUGAGUUACAAGGCGGUAAUCUACACGACCUACAGGACAUUUUAACUCAACAAGAUGAUUUGAUGGGCACUAUUGAAGAUCAAAUAUCAAAACUGAAAGUACUUUUAUUGUUACGAGAACAAUUCUUUGCCCUUAUCAAAGAAAUUAAUGAGUUUAUUGCCAAGUACACUGAUCUCACAUCUGAAAUAGAAAGAUCGAACGAUUCGUUGGAAGACAAGAUCAAACGAUAUGACGAUAUCAUUGUAAAGAUUCAAGGAUGUGAAGCUUUGUUAGCAACAGCAACUGAUAAAGGUCAACAAAUUGCUGCUGAGGGCACUGUUAUUGAUAGAAAUAAUAUUACAGAACUCUUGCAGUCUCUCAAACAACAGUUGCUAACUUUGAGAAGGAAUGUAGAAUCGAAGCGGCAAGAACACGAAAGAGCAGCUGCCGAACACAAGAAACUGGCAUCUGAUCUGUCUGACAUUUUAGAGUGGCUUCAUGACAAUGAAGCCGCUGUGCAUUCACGACCUCUACUUAACAGAGACGUGGCCAGCGUAGACAAAAAACUUGCAGAACACGUCAAUCUAGCAAAGAGUAUCCAAACUUACCUGGUCAAGCUCACUAAAAUAACAGACAUCAUCAAAACCGACGACGGGGUCCCCGGUUCUUUAUUAGAAAUGGUAUCAGAAGCAAACUCUUUACAAACAUCGUUACCUGCUGAGUUGGCCAACCGUGAGAAAUAUCUUCAAGAUAACAAGAAAUAUAGACAACAAUAUUUACAAUUGGUCGAGAAACUAAACAUCUGGAUAAACGAAGCAGCUAUUCGUCUAGAUAUGGGCAAAAACGGCACUGAUUUCGAGAAUAUUGAAUCCGAUUUAGAAGAACAUAAAUCAUUCUUUAACGCUUCGGAGCCCGAAAUGAAAGAUUUAAUAGGAAAGCGUAUGCAAGACAUUGUCGACAAAAUCUGGCCGUCAUUGGCGGCGACGGAACAAGAAGAGCUAUCUAAAGAACACCAAAAACAUAAUCAACUAUUGAAGAAUACUCUGAACUCCGCUAAGAGUCGACAGGCUCAGUUAGAGCAGGAUUUGGAGAUUUGGAAGGACUUCUGUCAGUUAGUGGAUAAAAUCAAGGCAAUGUUGGAUAAGAACGAUAUUCAGGACGAGGCAGUGACAACGGUGGACGCGCUGAGACUUCAUCUUGAAAAGCUGAAUCACGCCAGAAAUGAUCUUGAGAAUCAGCAGCCGCUCUUGGACGUGGUCCGGGAGCGGGCGCGCGAGCUCUGCUCAGGCGCCGACGCCGCCAGCGGAGAGCGCGUCGAACAGCGCACGCGCGAACUCGCCGACCGGUGGAACGUCUCCUGUGAAGGUCUCGCUAAGCGCGCUGCGACAGCUGAGAACCAGCUCCAACGCUGGAGUCAGCUCUUGGAAGUGCAGCGGAGCUUGGCAGCGGGCGUGACCGCGGCAUCCGACCGGCUGCGGCAGCUCGACUUAAGCCCCAGCACGAGGCGGAAGGCUGUGGACACGAGACAUGCGUUACAGGAGCUACAAAGUGAAGUGGCAGGCCUCGAGGACACGAGAGACGAGCUAUUGGAACACGCAGACUUUGUCGUGGCGCUGCUGAAGCCGCACUCGAAGGAGGCGGCCGAGGAGACCGACAGAUCUGUCAAGGAGCUAGUAGACACUUAUGAGAAAUUGCGACAGACUCUAGCGGCGAAGCUCGCCGAAAUCGACGAAGUAGUGUCCGAAUUCGACCGCGUGUCCGAGAAGAUAGACGCCUUCCGACAGCGAAUAGAAGUGUGCAUCGCGAAGGUCAAGACUUUCUACGCGUUCGGAGAAGACGACGAGAGCGGACUCCGCUCUCUGACCAAGGAAGUCUCCGAUCUCGCGGAAGCCACGAAGAAGUUUACGGACGAGAGCAGAAAGCGCUACGGCGGCUCCGCCCCUGCGGACGUUUCGCAGGAGCUGUCCUCUCUCGAGCUGUCUGCGGAAGCGCUGACUGCAGCCAUGGAGGAGAAGGAGCGGGAAUGGAAGCGCGCGCGCACGACGCGCUCCGAGUACACGGCUGACGUCGAGGACGUCCAGGCCUGGGUGCGCGCCGCGGAGCUCACGGCUCGCGACCGCGCGCUGCCGCCCGAGCCCUACCGCGAGCGCCUGGUGGCCACUCGCGCCGAAGUGCCAAGCGUCACAGACCGUAUGGAGCGGCUGACGCGCAAUGCGCGCGCCAUCGUAGAGGGUUCUCGCGACGCCGCCGAGCGGCAGCUGGUGUCGUCGACGGUGAGCGCGCUGGCCGAACAGCUGGCGGCGGUCACCAGCGAGCUGGAGGCGCGACAGGCGGCGGUCGAGGACGCUUGCGACGCGGUGGCCCGCGUCCUGGCGCUACUCGAGCGCGUCCUGCUCUGGGUCGAGACGCAGCGCGCCUUCCUCGCGCGCCCGCUGCCCCUCACUGACCUCGCUGAGGCUCAACAAAAACAGACUGAAUAUGGAAAUGCACUCAAGAGUUGUAAGCAGCAAACAAAGAAUUUAGCAGAUAUGACUAAGGAAAUAGAAGCCAUUGAACGCGUCACGAGUUCAGGGGAUUUGCCCGGUAGACUUGAGGCGGCGGAAAAUGCAACCAUAGACGUUGAAAAGCGAUUAGCAAAGACCAAUGGUUUGUUACAAGAACUUGCAGAAGAAUGGGAGAGAUGCGAAAAGAAGCUUAAAGAUGUCGGCCACUGGUUGGAAGCUACGACGCGAGCGCUCGAAGCGCCACAGAAUGCUAAGAAACCCCUGAGGGACCGGCUGGCAUUCAGAGAGAAACUUAUAAACGACAUCUCCACACAGAAAACGAAAAUUUCGUACGCCGUUGAGAAACUCAACGUACAUUUCGGGCCGGACGGCGUGGCGGCGCAGUCGGCGGGCCCGGAGGGCGUGACGGAAGCGGCGCGCGCACUCAACAGCUCCCUGGACGCGCUGGGCGCCAGCACCAGCACGCAGGCGGCGGCGCUGUCCGCGGCGUUGCAGCAGGUGGAGGCGUACUGCGCCGACGUGGCGCGGCUGCGCGCGCAACUGCUCGAUGCCGAGCAGCAGCUGCGGCACGCGGCGCAGCCUAACUACAGCCCACGCGACCCCGAGCGCGCGCAGAGACAACAACAGGAGGUCACCCGGCGUAUCGAUGAGCUGACUCGGGCUAUCUACGGCCUGGACCCGUACUUCGUGAUGUCCGCGACGCCCACGGACGAGGCGGCGCGCACGCUGGCCGCGCUCGUGGCCACCGCCGACAGCGCCCGCGCGCGGCGCGCGCGCUCGCCCGACCGCCGCGCCCGCGCCCUGGCCGUGCCCGAGACGCGUCGCGGCCGCAGCCCCGCCUGGGUGCUCGGAGGGACCACCUACGCUGAGAUAGUCCGCGGACAGGGCUCCAGAUCCAGCUCCGUCUGUUCCCAGAGAUACCCGAGCACCCAGAGGCACUAUGAGAUACUUAAUGUCGAAGAACCCCACAUCGGUUCCUCCGCAUCUCACGGCGAAUACAGUGAAAUAAGUGCACGGUGUGAACAUACAGAAUACGAUAGUGCUCGGUCCAGUGAGACCCGCGUGUAUGAAUGUGAAAGUGAACCUGUUAGGGUAGAAAUUUGUCGGGACGAAUUUGUACCAUAUACUGAGGAGGACUUUCAUGUAAACCAAACUAUGGACUAUAAGGUUCAGGAACCCGUUCAUGUGGCACAGGUUGUGGAAACCGUGGAGGAACUCCCGGUGCCAUCUUUAGAAAUAAUUCAGGCUGACUAUCAGGAAAAGGAGCGCAGUCCUGACAGUCGAAGUCGAUCUCAGGAGUUAUCUUAUGCGGAAAUUCUAGCUCUAGGAUUACGUAGACAACCUAAAACACAAACAAUUGUAUCUCUUCCGAAACCACAGGUCGCGCAAGUUGAUAUAGCAACGGAAGUUACAAAAGAUGUGGAAACUCGGAUAAACCAAAAAGACCGUAUUGAUAAUUUGAAGCUGAAACCAGAGAAGCCAGAGCGAUCGCAACGUAGCCGCUCCAGGGACAUGCCGAGACAAAGGCGAGCUCCCGAAAAAAGGCAGACUCACGAAACUCAAGUGCAGAAAAAGAAAAAAGCUAGUAAAAAAGUAAUAGAAGUUGAUGACUUUGAUGACGCUGAUAACGAUGACAUGCCAACCUCUGUUGAAUUUAAAGUAGAAAAACCAGAGACUUUAAGAAAAGAAGUUACUAAAAAAGUGCAACACAGCGCCACUGUUGUGGAAACUGUUACUGAAAUGGUUUUAACAGAACCUGUGCAAGAAGAACCUAUUGAUAUUGAGCAUAAGAAAAUAAAAAAGAAGAAGUCAAAGAAAUACAAGAUUGAUGAGGAUGAAAUUGAAAAAGCGCUUAAGGAAAUCGAAAGUCUUGAUAAACACAAGAAAAAGAAAAUAAAGGAUCUUCAUGAAAAGAACGAACCUGAAUUUUCGUUUGAAAAUCAAGUUAACAAGGACAAGACUCUUGAAAUCCAAGUUUUACCACAAGAGGGAGUGACAGAAAAGCUCAAGUCUAAGAAAAAUAAGCACAGAGUUAUGGUCACAGAUUUUAUAACCAUAGAAUCACAGAUAAAAGAACCAGAAACGAAAGAACCAGAACCAGUAAUGCAACAUCAAAAGAUAACUGACACGCUAGAAAAUAAUAAAGUAGUAACUGAGGUCUCAGACGAUAUUGCCCAGCAAGUCAAGAAUGAACCAGAAAACAAAAAGUCUAAAAAUAAAAAGAAGAAACUCAAGGAAGAAAAACACAAUGAACAAUCACAGAUUGUUGACAAUGCUUUGAAUGUUUCGCAUUUGGAAGAUAUAAAAAAUAUGACUGAGACUGUAUCGAAGGAUGAUAGAUUUGAUUUUAGUAAUUUUAAUGAAAGUGAUGCUAAAUACGAUAAGCCGACUAAAAAGUUGCACGGUGCAGAAACAUCAUCAUUUGAACUAUCUAGUAACUUGGAAAUAACAUCCGAAAUAACAACCGAAACAUCUCUGAGUCGUGAGUUUGUAGACAGUUCAGAAAUAAAAGGUAAAUAUAUAGAGCAAUCUUCUUUUAAUAAAACAAUACGCGACCAAGAAGAUAUGUCUGAAAGAAAUACUAAAACAAAGGUUGUUGAAGUGGAAAUUCCCAAAGAGAAAUCUAAGAAAAAGAAAGAGAGAAAAAGUAGUACUAAAACUCAAAAUCAAGCUAUAAAUUUGACAGAAACGAAAACUAAAACUGAUUUAGAAACAGCCAUCCAAGAUAACACCCGAGAAGUAUCAAAUAUACCUAAACAAAUAGAUGAUCAUAUAUCUCAAAAUAAAACAGUUAAGAGCGAAUCUUCUGAAAUAGUAGACGUGUUUCUUGAAAUAGGACAAGUUAAGAAGGAAAAGAGACAAACAGGACACGAUAGUAAAAUAUUCAGUCUAAACCAGGAGAGUCCAGAAACCGUUAUCUAUGAAGCUACUCUAAUUCAGCAAGAGGAUACAGAAUCAAAUCCUACGUCAAAUAAAUCUGCCAAGGGUAAAUCCAAGUCUAAGAAGACAAAACAUUUAGAUAAUGACCCAGAAAAAGUUUCUGAAACAAAAAAAAUAGAAGUUUUGGAUGAAACUGACAACACUAUGGAGAAACAAACCACAACAGGUAAAAAUAUUGCCGGCUCAGGUACUAAAGGCAAGUCUAAGAGUAAAAGAUCUAAGCAAUUGGGAAACCCGGAUGAGACCCAAGUUUUGAUAGAAAAGGAAGAUAAGCCCAUUGAACAAACUGAUGAGGAGCAGUUCGAAGUAGUGAAGAGCCAUAAAAAGAAACUUAAAUCUAAAAAGCCUAAAGUAGUAGACGAUGAAAUAGAACGAGCCUUAAAAGAGAUUGAAGAGUCACAGGCAUCAAAGAAAAAAGAAAAAUAUGCGGAAAAAAUACCGAAGAAAAAUCAACGAUCCGAAUAUUUGACAGAAUCUCGCAAGACUGAAUGCAAUGCAGAUAUUAUACAUGAAGUAUCAGAAAUAAAAGAAAACCUUAUUACAUUGGACUGGAAUACACUGAUGGCUGAGGAAGAAUCAGUUCCUCUAGAAAUUAUCAAACAACCAGAAAUACUAGAAACAACUCGACAGGUAGCCACUGAAGUGACUAUACUCGAUUCUAACGCCAUAUUGAAGGAAGAUUUUAAAAAUAUUUCUAGAGAUAAUAUACAUGAUGUUAGUUCCGAAAGUACUUCUAACGAAACGAAGUUAACCAAAGAUUCGAUUGUUACUAAAGUUGACAUAAAAAAUAAAGAACAAGAAACGGCAUCAAGUCCUGCCAGCGAACAAAAUAAUAACGAUAAAAAUUUCAAUACAGAAUCCCUUAAAGAUACUGUAUUAGUUGAAGAAACUACUAUCGAACCAGUAAUUGAUGAUGUAAAGACUAAAACGAUAUACCUUAUAACUCACGAAGAAAAGAAACUACCUCCCAUCAGGACAGUCAAAGUGUUUAGCAGUAAAAGCAAUUCUUUGGAAGAAUCGGAAAAUAUUGUAGAAUCACCUGCAAGUGCAAUCACUGAUGUAAGGUCUUCCAAUAAUCAAGAUAAUUAUGAUGAAAUCACUACUGAAGAGGAGAGAGCCGACAAAGAACGACUAGUAGAGCAAAAUGUUCAUGAUUUAGGUAUAACGCAAGAUAGACCAGAUGUUGUCGUCAGUAACGUAACAAGCAGCUAUACACAAGCCACAGCGGAAAAUAUUGACACACACACUAUUUCUAAAGAGAUUGACAAGUCUUACGUAAAGACAUUUGAAGAAACUGACUCUUCUGAUAUCGCUAAUAGGAACAUCAGUGUAGAUAUUUUGAAAGAUGACUUCCAAAAACCCCAUCUAGAAGAAGCUGAUAAAUCGCUACCUUCCGGUCAUGUACCAGAAACUUCAGCCAAUACAAUUUCAAAAACAGAGGUCAUAACUGUUUCUGAAUUUCAAACUAACGUCAAAGUUGAAGAAACCAAUAAGGCCGACUACAAAGAGAUACAUAAAGCUGAUACUAUAGAAACGGGACACGAGAUAACCGUUUCUGAAGUAGCAGCAGAAGAUCAAAAUACAAAUGAGGUCGAAGAAGCCAUAUUUGGUUCGGUAAAACACCGUAAUAAAAAUGUUAAAAAUGAAUCUCAAAACUCUUCAAUUCCUUAUGAGGCACUUGAAGAGAUCAAAACCUAUUCAUUAGAGUUAGAUUUUGAUCAGAUAGAUUAUAAUUAUUAUCAGUAUGUACUUAAAGAACAUAAAGAUAAAGAAAAAUUGGCUGAAGUUAAUUUAUUGAUUGCACCAGAAGUGGUCAAGAACAUAGUACCGAAAGAAUCACGUAAAUCGGCUGAAACUACUGACAUUUGUACAGAAGUUCUGCGUCAGCUCAAAGAAGAAACUCCUAAGUAUAGUUAUCAUGAGAUUAAUGCUGCCGAAGCCUUGCUGGCUUCCCUCCCUACUGGAACAACUCUGCAAACUAUACCAACUAAAGAAAACAAGACCGUUAUUGAACCAGAAAAUGAAACAUUAUUACAUUUACAAACGGUUGCUGAACCUACUGUUUCAACUGGUAACAACGAAGUUACAAGUAUUGAAAACUUAGGUGCUGAAGAACCGCAUCCGCAUGUGGAUGCUCUUAAGUACCUUAGUCACGAAGUGCGUCCGCAAAGUUAUCAUGAACUUGUGGAUGCGGAAAGUAUAUAUGCGUCGAUUAAAGAAUGUCGUCAAUCUCCUGCUAAGCAGGUAACCUUCGAAGAAUUGCCUAAGCAUACCCCGGAAGUUGAAACAUUCGAAAAAUUUACGUUGUCUGAAGCGCAAUCUACAAACGUAUCAAUUAAAGAAGACCUAAAAGAACUAACCCCGAGUUUAAUUAAUAUAGUCUGUGAACAAACACGGCACAACUACCAUGAAAUUAAAGACGCUGAAUACUUAUUAGCUAUCGCAAGGACUGUUGAAGAUGGUCAACACGUUGCGUCUACUAAUAAUGUGGAAUCCAUCAAAAUACAAGAGAAAACAGUUUCAACAAGUGAUGAAGAACUCAUCGCAACAUCUUCAGAAGCAGACAAAUAUAUUGAUGCUGCAAUUUACGAAACAAGUUUAGAGCAUGUUCAAUCUGUGCCAGUGACAAAUGGACUGAAAGAAGUAACCACUGUGACCAACCGUCAAAUAAAUAUAAAUAAAUUACGUUUCCAUGAAUUGCCUAGAUUUAAUUAUCAAGACAUUUAUGACGCGGAAAAAUUAUAUGCGAUUGUAACAACAAGCCGUUGUCAUGAAGAUGGAUCAGACAUAAUUCAAUCGCAGGAACGUAUUCGCGUUAACACACAGACGUCGGACGAGAUAGUCUCAAAUACGGAUGAAAGUUCUAUAAUAUUAAAAGAAAAAUAUUGUGAAAUAAUAUCAGAAAAAAAAAUGAAAGCCGAUGGAAAAGUAAAUGAACCUACCAAUUUAAUUGACGACGCAAUUGAAAAUUCUGCGAAAGAUACAGAACCUAGACCUGCGGGCAGCUUGGGUUUAGUUUUAGACUCAUUGCGAUAUAGUUAUCAUGAAAUUCAAGAUGCAGAACAGAAACUGGCUGUUCUUAUCACUGACAAAGAAAACAAAACCUUAGCAGAAAUCAUAGAAGAUGAUAGCACCGUGCCUACAAUCGAAAUUCAAGCUGAAAAAGCAAAUAAGCAAGAUCUUUUUGGAGCCGAGUCAAAGGCUGCAGAACCUCAAAGCUCUACGUCUACCAUAUCAGAUCCUACUGAGUCUUGUCUUCCAAAUAAAGAUGCACCAUUUGAUAAAAAUGAUGAAGAAAAGCCAUCCGACUAUAUAAUACCUGAAGAAGAACUGAAGCAUACCUUAGUUUCUAUGAUAUUUAAGGAUAAAACAUUUGUUGAAAAUUCUUUAAAAGCUGCAGAAGCGAUGAAAGUUAUUGUCAUUGAACCGAAUUUAUCCUCUAAUGAAGGUGUUUAUCAAACGAUUAUCGAACGUGAUAGUAGUGCUACCAGAUCAAGCGACGUCGCUGAAAAAGGGGAUUCUUGCAUAGCAGACGAGGAAAUAGAUGAUGAAUUAGAUUUCGUCAUAGUAAGCAACAACGAUGUGAUUCAAGAAAAACCUUUAGAUUCAACAAUUAACAUUAUUCAUACCAUUAAUGAACCAGUGUGCACCAGUAUUUCUCAAGUCGAUACUAUUGUAACAUCCGACGUGAGUGAGAAACCUGACGAAAUACCAUUGUUAGAACAUGUAUCUACGAUAAACGAAGAAGACAAUCUGGAAGUAGUAAAUACACCACCAUGCACGUUUAGCGAUUCUCGUGAGUUUAUUCAACGUGAAAUACAAUCAGCCUUCGAUGUUGCAACUGAAAAAUGUACUAAAGCUGAUACGCAAUCUUUUACUACGGACCAAAGUGUUCUGGAAUCUAAAGAUUCAGACAUUUCUAUUCAAUUAGAACAAAAUAUUACAUCACAUAAGGAUACUGACAUUGAAUCCGUUAUUCCGGAACUAAGUGAUUUCGUUAAUGUAACAAAAUCUAAAUCAACUACUGAACAAAUAGUUCUACCACGUCCAGAUUCCGAAAUUAGAACCGAAGUGAAAUCUCCCAUUCAUAGCUUGCAAGAUUUACUCCCUUCUAUAGACUCUAUUCCCGAAUUUAAACCUUCAUAUCCCAUAGUAAUUUCAAACUUAUCAGCUGAUGCUCCUGAGUUUACACCUUCUUACAUGUACAAAUCUGUAGAAUCAUCAUCAGAAAUAAUAACUCCUUUUGGUAUUGACCAACAAAAACAAUUUCCGGGAUUACAUGGAACUAGAGACAUGUCAUUUACUCCUGAAACAGACACUGAAGGGAAAACUUCUUAUUCAACCAUUUUACAAACUAAGAAGGAAAAAGAAUCUCAGCCUGGAAGGGACAUUUCAGAUCCUGCCGACAAACCAUCUAAGGAAACCCCGAAUGAAACUGAUAAAGUAACAGAAGAAGACACGCAAGCUAUAUCUAAACGACACAAAAAGAAGAAAAAGAAGGAAGAUAAGCGAGAAAAAAUCGUUGAACAGCCUACGCAUUUUAAUACCGAAUCUAAAGAUGCUGAACCCAAAACAGACACUGAGCCUAUAAAUGUUUGGGCUAAAAGUAGUGAGGAUGGCAAAUCAUAUGCUGAAGUAGUGGCAGAAGGGUUGCAUGAAAGUAUAGACAGUAAUUUGACUAAACAACAAGAAUCACAGCUUAUAUACGAAUAUCAUGUGAAGCAUGACGUCAAAUCCGGCGCACAAGAGGAAAUUAAAAUUACACCGGAAACACAGAUGGUAGACUCUAAUGAAAGUACUUGGGCAGAAAUAGUUGCAAUCCAUCAUUCUUCUCCUGAAAGAGUCGAAGAAGUACCGCACAAAGAAACUUUCAAAGAAAUUCUUGUACCCAGACCACCACUGAUAUUAGUAGACGAAAGUAGUUCCGAAUGUAAACCUGAAGCACCUGUUGAUACAGAAGGUUUUAUCAUUGUUGAAAAAAGGAGCCGCUCUAGGUCUAGAUCAAGAGAUAACAGGUCUCGAUCAAAAUCAAAUGUUACACUUUCGUAUGAAAAACGUGAAAGAUCUGAAAAUAGGUUUGAAGCUCUACCCAUUCUUAAACCAAUAGAACCAGCGAUCACUAGUCCUAAUGAAGAAGGAAAGACGAUUAUGGAGAAAGAUGAAGAUAAGAAAACAUUGAUGAAGGUUGAAAAACCUAAGAAAAAUAAAAGUCGGUCAGGAAAGUCUAAAGAAAAAGAAAUUAAUGUGCAAUCAACAGUAUCUGACGUCACUCAUACAUAUGGAGAAGAUGAACAGCCAAAGAAAGAUAAAAAGAAAAAAUCAAAUAAAUCCAAAGAUACUGUAAAAUCAGAAGACAUAUCUAAACCUAAAGAAGAAGUCCAUGAAACGUAUGUAGAGCCUAAAAAUGAAACAGAAGUAAAAUCACCUCAAUUAAAAGAAAUUGAAGAUAAAAAGAAAAAUAAGAAAAAGAAAAAAGAUAAACAGUCUUCACCUCUUAGGGAAAGCAUUAAAUUAAAACCUUUAGAGGAAAUAAAGGUGGAAGAAAAACCAAAACACAUCGUUGAUAAGUUAGUCACUCAAACUUCUGUGUCCAGCCCCGAAUCUAUUCACACACCUAUCAAAGACAGGUUUUAUAACGAAGCUCAAUACUGGAAAAAUGAUCCAAGCGGUGUAGAGGAAGUUCUCACCGUAGAACUAAGUCCAACAAAAGAAAUAACUUCUAUUACUACUGAAACUAAAGACAUUCAAUCUGUUAAUACUCCUAUAUGUAUUGAAAAAACUGGAACGGACAAUAUACAAAAAUAUAAAACUGAGCAGACAAAAAUGAGCGUAGUAACUAGCAGGACAGAGACAAAAUUAACGGAAGAAUUGUCGCUUGAAAGUAAAAUGGCUGACUUGCAAAGAGAAAUUGAAGAAAUGCUAGAACCUGAAGAUUCUUCGUUAGUGAGCGAUGACACGCCAAAAGAAUUAAUUAGCUCUGCUAGUUCCGAGUCUCAAAAUGAUGUUAUAGAUAACAUUACCCCUUUAUUAGCGUCUCCUGAAUCUGAGGCUGAGAUUGCAAUUACUGUAGAGGAGCCACCCCCAACUUCUAAAGAUACAAAAUCUAAAGAAGAAGUAACACUUGGCGAUAAGCAUAUAAGCGUCAGCAUGAUCGAUGCAUUGCUAGAAGAUGAACCAGCAAAUAUGCAUCCACAGGAUGAAAUCAAAACAAUAUGUAGUAAAUUUAUAGUCAAUAAGGAAUUUGAACAAGAUAAAGAAAAGGAAAAAGUAGGUGAACGUAUCGAUGAACUUAAAAGUAUGACUGACAAGCAAACAGUUCAAGAUAAUGUCAACAAUAGCGUAUCGUCUGAAAUGUUUGAAAAACCGCUAGAAGCUGUAGAAAUAACAGACCUUUCUAACCCUGCUCAUGACGUCAUUACUAACUUAUCUAAUAUAAAAGUAGACAAUUUCUGGGUGGAUAAAUUUGCGAUAGAUGACGCUGAACAUCUCCUUAUCGAACAGAAUCAAAUUGAAACUCCAGAAGUUGUCUCACUUAAUGAAACUAAACGCGAUAGCCUAGAAGAAAACAUAGUGAUUGAUAAUUCGUUUUGGAUCGAAAAACCUAUGUACCAUGACGCGGAAUGCCAAUAUUUUCUAUCAAUUGCUAAGAAAACAAAAACACUUCCUACUUCCAAAGUAGAAAUACAGGCAAAUGAUCAGAACGAUAAAGAUAAGGAUCCUAGCGGCAGCUCGGGCCCUACGUCCGACGCGGACGAGACUAAAGACCCUUGUGGUUCACCUUUUGAUUCGAAUUAUAUUUCAAUGGAUUUGCCCGGCGGAAUAUGCAGUUGGAAAGACCAAAGUUCAUACUUGAGCGUAGAAACGCCAAUAGACUCUAUUAUUAGCGAUGACUGCUUAGGCGACAUCCGAGAGGAUAUACUAACAGCCCUACCCUUAGAACCAGUUCCUCCCCCACCCUCACAGGAGCCGGCGGCAGAGGCAGCCCGGAGGACACCUAAGGAUGACUUGUCUAAUGAUAUAGAAAGUCUACUAGAAGAAGUAAAGAAUGUACAAGCCCGCCUCUCGGAUCUGCCCGAUGAAAGUCUCGGAGCCAUGGAGGAAGGUCUGAGGGAGGGCAUUUCCGUUCUCAGCAACUGUGAUGAGGCCGCGGAACUUCUGGAGAGUAAAAUGAUGGAGUAUCGACAAGAGGCUGAGAUCCAAAGCCUGAGCCGUGAAGUGGUGGUCAUCAGGGCCAGGAUAUCCAAAUUGCUGCUUCAGGCGAGGCAAGGACUUGAUAUCAUCGAGGUAAGAAAGGACGCUAAAGUAGAGGUGGCCCGUCAAGCCAAGGAAAUGGAAGACCAGAAAGUAAAGAUAGCUCAACUGGACAAAUGGCUUGAAAGCAUAGACCAUGAACUGAAGAAGUCUACUAAGCAGUCCGAAAUUUUAACCGAAGAAGAUAUUAUAAAAUAUAUUGAAAUCUAUGAAAAAUACAUUAGGGAAUAUGAAGAGUACGAAGUUAUAUUAAAGUCUAUUACUAUAAUUGGUCUUGAUAAAUCUAGUCAAUCAGUGAAUGAAAAGCUUAAAUCUACGCAACAAUCGUUAGUGGAAACGAAGAAUCUAGUCAUUGUAGAGAUAGAACGGUUAAGACAGGUAUUACUACAGAUGAGAUCUGUGGCUGAGGUGGUAGAAGAGGAUAUAUCUCAAACGGAUAGAACGAUCGACUCUACAUCUAUGCCUGAAGAAAUUGUUUCUCCUAGAGAAAGCGAAAUUGUUAAACAAGAAGUGAGUGAGGUCCCAAGUGAGAAGUCUAGUGAAAAGAAAUCUAGUGAGAAAAAAUCAAGUAAAAAGAUGUCUACUAAAAAAGGAGAGAAAGACAAAGUCGUUGUAACAGAAGAAAAACCAACUUACACGAUUGAGACCCAAACAGGGCAAAGUCUCAGAUCGGAAUCCCCGCCUGUUACAGAUAAAUCCAUCAUGUGUGAGCCAGAAAAGAAAACGACACAGGAUGCUUCCAUUACCUGUGCCCCACCAAUGGACGUUGAAAUCCAAACAAGUGAGCCAGUCUCAGAGAAUAGAGAAAUCCUAGAGAAUAUUCAAGUAAGGCAAACUAUUACUGGUGGCCAUGAAAUAUUUGAAAUCGCUACUCGCCCUGUUGCUAGAAACCAGCAAAUUGAUGAGCAAUCAUUGCUUGUUGACGCUAAUUACAAAGAUGAUAGUCAAGGUAAAGAUUCACAUCUAAAUAUAACACACAGCUUACCUCAGUCAUUUGAAACUGUCAUGGUCGAACCUGACGAAACGACGACUGAGGUAGUUGUUGACGCAGAUGGUACUAAGAGAAUUAUUGUGAAAAAAGUGAGAAAGACUUUAGUAACUCGCCAACAAUUGGUUCACAGUCGCCGUCAAACCACACAAAUGAUCUCAGAUGGUACCCAAGAGCAAUCAUUUUCACAAAUAACUUUGAAAGAAGAUAAAGGAUCUAGUUCGACAAUGCUAGGAGAUGGUGGCGUUCAAAGAGUUGAAUACCAAACCUAUGGUGGUCAAGUUGUAUCAGGAUUACCUGGAGGUGAAGUAACCAUCCAAGAAUUUUCCUCAAGGCCUGGAGUUGUUGUAAAAUUAGAAGAAGGCCUAAACCCUGAAGAAAUCUUACAGUUGGCCGAAACCGAAGGCCAACAACAUAUCCAAACCUCGUCCUCUAGCGUUACUGCUGUCGUACAAAAAGUUACAAAACGAAUAGUAAAAACGAAACGACGUAUAAUACGCAGAGUAGUAAUCAUAGACGGCAAAGAACAUGUAACGGAGGAAGUGAUAGAGGAGCCUGAUGAUGUUGAAGUGUAUGAAGAGCAAAUACCAAGAGUUUCGAUAAGCGUCAAAGAUCAAGGUGGUGUGCAGUUUGAGGAAAUUGAUGACGCUGGUGAUGAUCAUAAAGAUGACAAAAGACCGGAUAUGAACAAAGACCCAGGAGACCAAGGAGAAACAAAACCUAAAUCUGAAGAUAAACCCGACGAUCAACCCAAAGACAAACCAGAUGAUGACAAGAAACCUCUAAAAGGUGAAACAAAACAAAGAAAAGAUAUACGUGAACGGUCCAGCGACUUUAUUCAAAUGGAAAGUCAAUCCCAUUCACAGUACACUGAGUCAAGCACAAUUACCAAACAUUCAAGAGAAUUAUCUCCUGUACAGACAGUUACUAUAUCCGAAACUUAUGAAAUCGUUCCUGAAGAGACACAAAACCAAGAAACCUAUCACACCCAAGAACCAGACGGAACCCACGCUACGCGUGUAAGUGAAAUCAGUAAAGCAAAACCAGAUGAUCGUACACUUAAACAUCAACCGAAAGACAAAUCACUUGAUGAUGAUAAACCUCUUAAGGUCGACAGAUCAGAUAAAGACGUAAGUGCGUUGUCAAAAGACUUCAUCCAAAUGGAAAGUCAGCGUCAUUCACAAUAUGCAGAGUCUAUUACAACUACCAAACAGUCACAAAUAAGAGAAACAUCCCCUGUGGAGUCAGUAAUAGUUUCUCAAGCGCGAGAAAAUAUACCUGAAGUAGGAGAAAUUCAAGAAUCCUAUUACAUUCAAGAACCACAAGAUCCUAGGUCCACGUUUAUAAGCGAAGGUUAUCAGCAAUCAACGUUACAGACGGCGUCAUCAAACAUUGCUACGACUGUUCAAAAAGUAACAAGAAAAAUAACUAGGAUUCGAAGACGUAUUAUAAAACAUAUACAAAUAAUUGACGGCAAGGAGCACGUCACUGAAGAAAUCAUUGACGAACCUGAUGACGUUGAGAUCAUUGAAGAGGAACCUACGGUGUCUACUCAUACAAUUCAAGAACAAGGGGUCAAGACAAAACGUAUUAAAAUAAUACGACAGGUACAGAUCAUAGAUGGGAAAGAACAUAUCACAGAACAGAUUGUUGAAGAACCUGAUGAUGAAUUUAUUCCGGAAACAACUGUUAGCACUGAAAUCGAUGUUAGUAUCGAUAAACAGCCAUCGAUUGUUCCUGAAGGUAGGAUUGACAAAAAUACGCAAGAAUUACCUAUACCCUCAACUACAGAAUUACAUUCGUUGGUUGUAGACGUGACAAAGAAUUUAACAACUAGUGAUCUAAACAUACAGUGCUCGCAACCUGGAACUAAAGAAGUUGAUUCAACUGAAGGAAUAGAUAAAGAUCAUGUCAAUUUGGAGGACCCAGUAAAGAAGGUAGGAGGCAUCGAAGCAAUCGUUGAUAAAUCUAAUGAAGCUUCUGAAAAAGAAACCACAAAGGAAUCAUCCAGCCCUCUGCCAAGUCCUGCUAGGAAAUCGAAAUCAGCGUCCCCAAGCAAGCGAGUGACGUUUGUUGACAAAUUGACUGAAAAGUCAGAGCCUGAAGACACAACUAAAGAUCAAGGAACAAAGUGGGAUGCAGUUGAACUGGAAAAAUCAUUGCAAUCUACUCCAAUCGUCACAGAUUUGACUUCUGCGAGGCAAAUUACUGAAACGGAAAUUGCUGGGUCUUCUGUAGACGAACAAAAUCAAUUGACAGUUGAUAUUUCUGCAAUUGAUGAAAGGGGCAUUCAAUUGCCGAAAACACAUCAAAUUAAGCCUAAUACCGAAGUUGAUAGAAAUAUUCAAGUAUCAGAUAAAGAAAUAACUACUCAAGAACAAAAAUCCGAAACUAUUCCAACUACAAACAUCGACUCUAACCUAGGUGUCACUCUAGACUUCAUUUCAAACGAAAGAGCGCACGCUUUACACCCAGAGACAAAACAAGAUACUGAAAAAAGAACUACCGUUACAUCUGAAACACCAAGCGUCUCUAAUGAUACUGAUUCACCCCAGAAAUUAGAACCGUCUCAUACUUUAGAAAUUCAUUUGCCAAGUGAACCUUACUCUCUGAAACUUAAUGAAAUCAAACUAUCAAAACCAGAUACUGCUACUACUAGUUAUACCGUAAGAGAAACUACUGAAUCCGUAUCGCCUAAUCAGUUAGCACUAAAAGGUGAUGUAAUAAAUUCUACUCCUGUAGAUAAGGAAAAAGAAAAGUUGCAUGCCCUCGAAGUCACUGAAGUAAAAAGUUCUCGUACAGUAGACAUUGAUUCGGUAGAAGGUAAUGUGUCUGAAUCAAUAAAAUUAGACAUCACAAUUGUAGAUACUCCUAAAUCGCAAGACACUCACAAAGUGGAAGAAGUAGAAAAACCGACAUUAACGGAAAAACAACCAAAAGCUGAAACAGACAUUAGCACAAAGUCACCUAACGAUAUUGUUGAUGUAACUAAGAAUAUUAUAAGCUUGGAAGGACAAGUACCUAAAAAGCGUGGAGAGAAGGCAAAAAAUAAAGACUUGUCCGCUGAGAAAAUAUCUGUAGACAACAUACCACACGAAAAACCUAUUCAAUCUGCCAUUCAGCCAACGGUGGAUGAAAUUGAAAGUAAUAAUUUGACUCUAAAAGUUUCUGAUGUUCAACCAGAUCAAAAAGAUGCGGAUGUUAAAUCAUCUACUGUCCAACACAAAGACUCUGGGUCAAAAUAUGAUAUUAAUCUACUCCUUGAAGCAGAACGUGCAGAUUCUCAUUUGAGACAAAAACCAAACCUUGUUGUUCAAACGAAACCUUUACAAACUGUUGAUAUAACAAUGUCGAUAUCCAAAACCGAUGUCGUAAAAACAGACGAGCCUAAAGUACAUCUUGACAUGAAAGUUGAAAAUUUUGAAACCACACAAUCAACAAUUGUCAAAAAAGAUAUUGAUGUAAAUUUACCGAGUGAAGUAAAGAUAGUAGAAGAUCAUUUUCAAACGGUCUCAGUGGAUGAAAAACUUAAAGAUGACAUCAUACAAGAACCAACACCUGUUCCUGUAUCCAAUGACCCUAUCAAAGAACAGAAGACCCCAGAAAUUUGUGCCCAAAUUAAAAUUGAGGAAACAGAUCAAACAUCAAUUGGAACCGAUGUCGUAAAAACAGACGAGCCUAAUUUUGAAACCACACAAUCAACAAUUCUCAAAAAAGAUAUUGAUGUCAAUUUACCGACUGAAGUCAAGCUAAUAGAAGAUCAUCCUCAAACGGUCUCAGUGGAUGAAAAAGUAAAACAUGACGUCAUACAAGAAUCAACACCUGUUCCUGUAUCCAAUGACCCUAUCAAAGAACAAAAAACCCCAGAAAUUAGUGCCCAAAUUAAAAUUGAGGAAACAGAUCAAACAUCAAGUGGAACACCAGAUGCCUCUAAAGAUGCGGAUGUUAAAUCAUAUGCUAUCCAACACAAAGACUCUGGGUCAAAAUAUGACAUUAAUCUACUCCUUGAAGCAGAACGUGCAGAUUCUCAUUUGAGACAAAGACCAAACCUUGAUGUUCAAUCGAAACCUUUACAAACUGUUGAUAUAACAAUGUCAAUUUCCAAAACCGAUGUCGUAAAAACAGACGAGCCUAAAGUACAUCUUGACAUGAAAGUUGAAAAUUUUGAAGCCACACAAUCAACAAUUGUCAAAAAAGAUAUUGAUGUAAAUUUACCGAGUGCAGUAAAGAUAGUAGAAGAUCAUUCUCAAACGGUCUCAGUGGAUGAAAAACUUAAAGAUGACGUCAUACAAGAACCAACACCUGUUCCUGUAUCCAAUGACCCUAUCAAAGAACAGAAGACCCCAGAAAUUAGUGCCCAAAUUAAAAUUGAGGAAACAGAUCAAACAUCAAGUGGAACACCAGAUACUAAAGAUCACAGAAAAAGUAAAAAGAAAAAGAAACACAAACCGACGCCUAACGCAAGCUUAGAGGAAUCUACCAAAUCAGAGUUGCCCAUAGAGAUGCCUGAAGAUAAGAGUAUUAUUGAUACUGACAGCUCAUCUCUCAGUCAUUACAUCGAGUUACCAACUUCGCCGGCUUUAGAUUCACCCAAACCUACCGAAGAUAUCCUAGAGCCUAAAGUAGAAUCAUUAGAACCAGAUUCAUUCGUUGAAUCUGAAAGGGCUGCUGAAGAGAAGGGUUACGAGGCAGAAGAAAUAUCUCAGGGACCAACACCAGUACCUAAAAAGAGGCAAAAGAAACGCAAGGCCCAUGGCGUUAGUGAAGAAACAACUUACCCUAAAGAAACCACGGCAGAGUCUGAUGACACAUCAUUGUCAAGUCCAGUUGAAAUCACAGAGCCCACACAAGAAAAGAAAGGAAAGAAAAAGAAGGGAAAGAAAAAGACACCUACUGAUCCAGAAGAGGUAGAAGAAUCUGAAACCGCUCAAAAAUUGGAGCAUAAGCCAGAAAGUCCAAAAAUAGGCAGCGAGAAUAUAGAGUCUCCUAAAGAUGAAUCAUACCAUACAAUGAGUGAGACUUCUGACAUAAGCACGGUUAAGAUAAUUGAGGAAUGCGUUCAAAGUAGCCCAGAAUCUUUACACAAGGAAGUUACGACUACUGUGACUUUCCCAGUUCCUGUGGUUGAAGAAAUUCCAACGCAAGAGUACUCCGUCCAAACAUCUCCGGAAUUAUCUGAAUCAAUUAAAGAUGACAAAGAACAGCUAAAACCGGAAACAGUGGCCAUUGAGCUACAGACAUCUCCUACACCUGUCAUCGAAACUGUAGUACAAACUACUCCUCGGGAUGAAAAAGACAUGGACACUCAGACAAUUGAAGAUAUCAUAACAGUAGCAGAAAAAGUACCUGUCGUCGACACUGAAAUUCAAACUAGUAGAACGGAAACGCCACAAAAGAUGGAGCAGAUUGAAGCGACAACUCAAGUGAUUGCACACGAUAUAGUUACUCCGGAAGAAAAGUUUUCUCAAACUUCAUCACCUAUUGAGGACACGGCAGUGAAAUCCGAAACAGCAGAAAUAGUAACAGAAUCCAAAGAAAUUCAAACAUCUCCCUUGCCGGCAGUACAAAAUGAUGAAAAAGGUACCGGAAUUUCCAUCGAAACAGUUGAAACUGAUAUCCAAACUAUACAAGAUAUUAUCGACCAGGAAACAUGCACAACGCCAGUACUGGAAAAAGAAGUUGUUGAAAUGAGUAUACAGACGUCCGAUUUACCUGUGGUUAGCAUAUCUACUCAAUCAGAUUAUGUUGAACCUGAAAGAAAAGUCGAAACGGCUGAAGUAUCAUCACCAACACCUCCUAAACCAGAAGUUUUUGAUGUAAGUCAACAAACGUCGCCGAGAUCGCUAGAAGAACCUGUAAUUACAACCACAGCAGAAAAAGAACCUGAAAUAAUUCCUGAAUUACCAUUAGAGAAAGAAGUUACUUCAGUCGAUAGCACUCAACAGACGACUCCUAGAGAAACAAUUGUUGAAGUUCCAACAACUAGGCCAGUCGAUUUAGAACUAACGGAAAUACAAGCACUGACUAUUGAUAGUACUCAACAGACAUCUCCAAGAGUUUAUUCGGAAGAUUCAAUAUCGACAUCGACUGAAGAACCUUAUGAAAUACACUUACGAGCACAAAUAACAAUUCCAGAAGCGACCAGUGACUUCAUUGACAACGAACGACAACUGGAAGCUCCACAGUCUAUUCUCGGGGACAGACAAAAACCAAAGAAGAGGAAAAAUAAGCGAAAGAUGGAAUCACCAGUAGCUCAGACACCAGAAAGCCUCUCCGAUCCUAUAACGACAGAAUUACUUAUGUCUGUAACGCCUACAAGCGAAGACUACACAAGUAAAGACACGUCAUCAAUAGAUGAGGGUAUUUCUCAGUUAGCUAGCCCUGUAUCACCAGACCGCCAGGAGCUUAGUAACCAACACAAAUUAACUUAUUCUGACGUCGUCCAGCGAUCGAAGUCUAAAUCUCCCUCUCCCACUAAAUCGGUCCACUUCUCUCGAAAACCUGAGAAAGCAAGACUGUUUGACGCCUUAGAGAAAAGAACGCAAUCCCUGACCGAGUCUCCAAGGAAAGUGCCUGACGAUUCAAUGGCUAUUGUUGUUCUGGAUCAGUCUGUAGAGAAAUCAUAUGAUUCUGUUGUCAACAAAGAACUUCAAAAUCUUAAGAAUGCAAUUGGUACUAAUGAUGCGACAAGGGUUGAGAGGAGCAUUGUAGUCAUCAUAGAAACUAUAUCCAUGUGGUUGGAAGAAAUCCAAUACAAAAUUCAAACCGAAACUAUUGCUUAUGGAGAAUCCGUUAAUGAAGCGCAACGAUUAACAUCCUUACAAGGGUACAUUCAAAGUCUAAAAGAAAUAAUUGAAAUUACCGAAGUAAAUGAAGAAAUCGUAACUCUUAUUGAAAUGCUAACUCGGCAAGCAGAUGCGGUCAAUGAUCUUAAUCGUCAAAGCUCGACCACGGUAAAAGAAGUUGAAAAAGACUGGGUGAAGCUCUUGGACGAUACUGACAAACUGUACCAGUCUGUCAACAAGGUAAAAUCUAAGCUUGAUGAUAUCAUUCUGUCAGAUAUUCCAACACAACAAAAAUUAGACAAAUUGGAUAAACUAGAGAACGAAAAUGUCAGUAAUUCUGAUUCAGUCACUAAAAUGUUCCGCCGGUAUCGAAUUUUAGUAGAAAACAACAUAAAGCGGGAAUGUCCAACUACUUUGUACGCUUGCGAUGAUGAUACUAAGCAGGUGGAAAAUUCGAUAAAUACCGAAAGGGAUCGUUUACUUCAGUUGUCAGCAUUAGCCGAGGAAUAUGAACAAACAUUACAAGAUUUUGGACAAAUAACCGAUGUAGCAGAAGCGCUGCUAGACGGAAAAAUAAUUGUAUCUGAUUUAGACCACUUACAUGAAGAAAUCCAAAAACAUAGAAAGUUCUUCGUCAAUCUGAGCCACUGCAGAGCCAUCCUUGAAUCUUUAGAAGAUAAUUUGGAUGGUGAAACAAGAUCCAAGUAUUCAUCUUUACACAAUUCGCUACACGAUCGUGCUACAGUAAUUAUUGACAGAGCAGCAGGUCGCGCUCAACAGAUGACUUUGGCAGCAUCUCGAUGGACCACAUUAGAACAAGGCAUGAGAGAAGAACAACAGUGGCUGAGGGUAGCACACCAGAGGAUACCUGACCUCACUAAUGUCACAUCUAUCGACCAUGAGCAAUAUAUCAACUUAUACCAAUCCGUCAGCUUGGAUGUAUCACAUCAUCAUGCAAAGAUCCUACGCCUAUUGUCGGUCACUGACGGACUGCAAAACCUCAUUGUUUGUUCCGGGUUAGAAACUGAAUGUUCUAUAGCCCUUGAUACUCUGCUUAAGCUACAGGAAGAUGUGGAUUCUCGACUCAUUCGUCUGACGGCCUUUAAAGAAAACUGGAUUACUUAUGACUUCAUUGUAGAAAGAAUAGAGAACUGGAUGAAGAUCGCUAACAUGGAGCUUGAACACAUUACUCCUGAAAAUAUUACAACAACCGGAAACUUGCGUCGGUUUUGGGAACUCAAGGCCCAACACGAAGUUCAUAACAAUCUUAAAAAUGAAUCCGGUGUCCAAUUUGAAAAAGCAUUAGAAAUUUUGCCAAUAUCUGAUGAAAUGGUUCAGCGUCAAUUCUUUUCAAAAAUAGAAGACGAAUGGCGGGAAAUUGCCGUCAAAAUUGAUAGCUUACAUUCUUCUGCCAUUCAAAGUAUUUCCGACCGUGACGUGUCCACUGGCGAGAAACUCAAUAUCUUGGAAGAUGAAAUUCGAGAACUACGUGCGUCGCUUGAUAGCUUGAAGACAGUAAUAAGAAGCGAAGACGAAUUAAAUCUUUACAUCGAGAGACUUCAAGUGAUGACUGGCCGCGUUGACAGAAUACAGAACGAGCUCAGUAGGCUAAGCUUGCUACCUACUGCGGAGUCUGAUCGCUUGGGGGCCCUGUUGUCCCAGUCGCGCAACUUAGAUGACCAGAUUGCCGAGGAGCUGGAGCGCAGCAUGCUCUUGAAAGAGAAGAUGGUGCAGGUUCAAGCCGGAAUAACUCGUUGUCAGAAGAAUCAACGUCGUGGACGCCUCACUCUCGAGGAGUGCGCGGCCGCGGAACGACUCGGCAGCGACGUGGUGGAACGAGCAUCCGAGACGUGCGACAGACUUCUAGACGAUCUCUCGGCGCAAUGGAGAGACAUAAGAGCGCUCAAUCAGGCGCUACAUACCUUGCCGACAUGUCUUCGAGUGUCCGUUUCGCUUACGGAUUUGGAAAGAGACAUCACAGGACUUCAGGAGAGCCACUCGCAACUAGAAACUGAAGCGAGCGAGCUGAGCGCGCGACUGCGGGCCAAAGUUCAGCUGUGGCGGCGGUUCGAGCGGCAGCUGGAGCUGGUGCAGGGCGCGGUCCGCGAGGCCGACUACAUGGCCGAGCUGCUCACCGUGCAGGGGCAGGUGGACUACGAUCGUCUGCUCAAGGCUACAGAGAAAUUAGAGACGCUAAGCGAGUCGUUGUCUCGUCGCUCGGGCGAGCUGGUGGGCGAGCUGCGAACAUCGGCGGCGCCGCUGGCGUCCACCACCGAGCCCGCCGUCGCCGCCAAGAUGCAGCGCGAACUGGAUGACGCCGCCGCCGCUUACGAGCACACGUGCAGGAACCUGACGCAGCUGUGUGACAAAUACCACAAAGCGGUCGAGCUAUGGAAGCGGUACCGCGAUGCCGCUGCCGCCGUGCGGGCCUUCGCUGAGCAACAAGAGGGUCAGCUGCACGCGCUGCGACCCGCAGAAGCACCCACCAUCGCCCAGGCAUGCUCGGAGCAAGAAGCCCGCGUGGCCGAGUUGCGCUCCCUGGCCGCCCGCGUCGCCAGCGAGACCGGCAGCCGCGCGCUGCAGGCCGACGCCGACGCGCUGGCCCGCCGGCUGCAGCUGGUCGCCGGCGCCGUGCAGGCCCUGGCUGAUCUCGGGGAGGCCCGCCAGCUGGCGAGGGCGAAGGCGCAGCAUGUCAAGGAACAGUUCAGUGAUAUGAGACAGGACUUGAUGCCUCUGCACGAAGACGGCGAGAUCGUGGAAGACCAACUCAUUGCUCUUCGAGAGAACUUGAUCACGCUAGGAAAGAGCGAAGCGGACAUCGUACCCGCCAAGGAGCAGCUUCCAGAUAUCGACAGGGACGUCUCAGAAGAACACUCCAUCGUCAGGAUCCUGGAGUUAUGGCAGGCCAUGUUCAGAGACACCUUCCUACAUUACCACAGGCUCUCUACGGCUCUGGUGAGAUCAGGAGACGCUGCAACUGCUCUGCGGUUAUGGCACGAAUACCUCCAGGAUUUACAAUCAUUCCUAUCAGGAUCUGUACCCGCCGACUAUGAAAACUUAACUGAACAUAGACGAUUAUGCAGAGUACAUAGGAACCUGCUGGCUUCACAACGAUCUGUACUGAUAAAUGAACAUAAGGAGACAAAACACAGGGACCUGGUAGAGAAAUUUGACACGUUGACGAAUCUUCACAAUGAGACCCUAGCGAGGAUAGUGGAGCGACAUGACGAAGUAUCCACCAGGAUCGCAGCUUGGGAUGACUACAGAGAGAUCUACAUCGAACUGUUGAGAUGGCUCAAAGAAAUGGAACGUGAAAAAGAAAAGUUGCAACUGAGAUAUGUCCACAUUAAGAGAAUACAAAAAAUAUUGACUAAAGUGCAAAAUCUAUCUGACAAGAUACCAGAAGGUCGUAAACAGGCAGAAAAAUUAUCCAGUAAUCUCAAAAAAAUAUUAGAAUUUACAGAAGAAACAUAUGGAGCUUCCGUAAGGAUGGAGUACGCGGGCAUUGUUAAGCGAGUUGACAACCUGAACGCCAGCUUAGACACGUGGCGAGACUUCCUCACCCGCAUACUCGGGCUAGUCAGCGAAUACGAAAACCUCACUAAUGAUCUUCACAAACUAUACUCAAAGACUCAAGACGAAAUUAUAACAUACUCAGACGAAGAUAGACUAUCGCGGCCACAACUGAAAAAGGCAAUAGAAAAAUACACGGAAUUAAGGACUACAGUUGACAAGACCGAAACUCAAAUUGAAGCACUCAGUGUCAUCCAAGAACAACUAAAGGAAUGUCUUAGUCCUCAGGACAUAAGGAUUGUCAACCAACGAGUGUGGCAGCUGAGGCAGCAACGAGCUGAUUUGGAACAUCAAUUAACGAUUAUCAUCCACCGGCUGCAGGAGCGGCUGGAGAUCUACACGAUAUUCAACUCGCGGUUGCUUCGGUUCGCUGAAUGGCUUACCACACUCGAGGCGCGUCUAGAGACUUCUAGUCAGAACAGUGAUUUGGGAGCCCUCGACCCCCACGACCUUAUCAGACGAAUAACCUCGGAUGUCGAAGCGGAAACAUCUAUGAAAGAACGUGAAUUUGAAUGGCUCUCGGAAACGGGCAGCGUCCUCGUUGAUCUUUCUAAAAAGGAUGAGAAAGCUUUCAGUAAAACGACAAGCAAACAGCUUAGCGAGAUAAACGCUCGUUGGCACAAACUUCAGGAUAGCGGCCGAGCAAGAAUAUCCAAAAUUAGUGAACUGCUGGAGACCAUUACGCAGUUGGAGGAACGUUUGACCACAAUCAGGCUAAAACUGCACACCAUCGAAUCUAACCUGACCACUACGGUCAUUGUCCAAGUAUUGACAACGAGAGCGGUUGACGAGAAAUUCCAAGAACGCGACGAGAUACACAAAAACAUUGAAACAGUCAGCGGGGAAGUCGGAGAAACUCUGAACCUCUGCGAACUGGUAUUCAACGAUCCCGACGUCCUGAGAGGCAACUUCGACCUCCGCAACUUACGCACCGGCGUCGACAUCGUCGAGAAAAAAUGGAAGAACAUCUGCGAUAUGUCCGAACAGCGCAAAAACACGCUGAAAGAGAUCCGCAAAUCGACCGAACUCGCAAACUCCCUGCUACCCAAGGUCGAAAAGAAACUGGACUCGGUCGAGAAGAGAGUCGAAAAAAUAGAGACCAGGAAGCAGAGAGGAGAAGGGGACGACGAGAGCGUCUCGAAGGCGGUCAUUAGAGAUCUGGAAGCGAUGGAUGAGGACGUUAAGAGGCUGGAGGACGCGUACAGUCGGGUGGCUUCGGCGCGCGGGGUGGAGCUGCGAGGAGACGCGGCGGACACGGCGGCGCGGCUGCGCUCGGCCGUGCGGCGCUCGCAGCAGCUGCGCGGCCGCGUCGACGCGGCCGGCGCCGACACGCACCGCCAGUUCGUGGCCGCGCACGGCCGCGCCGUCAUCGCGCUCGCCGAGGCCGACGUCAGGCUCACCAGGGCGCUACAUCUGGCUCCGACGCCUCUAGACAAGGAUGCUACCAUGGCGGAACUGAUGGCUGUCGAGCAAGAGCUAGCGGAGUGCGGAGCUUUGGUACAGACAGCAGACCAACUGGCAGCAAACGUGCCGUCGGUGGCCGGUGUGGGCGACAUGGUGGCGGAGUACCAAGCGCUCUACAACGACGUGCGCCAGCGGCUGGCCGCCGCGCGCUCCGACCUCGUCGGCGACGUCGACUCCGCUGUACAGGUGGACACCCUUAAAUGGGAGACGGACGCCGCUCUUCAAGUAGACACGCUGACUUCCAAAGAAACUUACCGCGUUGAACUGGCGUCAGCAGUGAAAGAGGCCUCGGACUGCCUGGAGGCCCUGAGAACAGCACUGCUGCAACAGCCCAAGGAAGACGCGGGAAGCGAUGACUUGGCAACCGCUGCGAAAGAAAUCGCCAAGGCUGGCGCUAAGCCCAGCCAAAUACUGGAGUUGGCCAAACAUUUGUCCGAACUACUGUUGACGGAAUGCGACGCGACCGAAGAUGAAGCCAUGCUGAAAGAAGUCGAAUCUCUUUCGUUGAGAUACGAGGACCUUCUCGCGCAAGCGAAGAAGAGGGAGCUCCAAAUCAAUAACCUAAGGUUGCCGCACUCGGCGUCAUACGCGCUCACGUGCGAACAUGAGAGCGGGCGACUGACGUGCCCUCUCUGCUCGGAGCGCAACUGGAAGCAGUUAGACAACGACCUCUGGCGCUUGGAGCAGUGGCUGCAGUUCGCGGAGGCCACGGAGGAGGGCCGCGGCGACCCGCCCGAGCAGUACGACCAGCUGGAGGACGCUAUUCAGGACCAUCGUGAGUUCCUGCUGGACCUGGACUCGCACAAAUCCAUCGUGGUCUCCUUGAACGUGGUGGGCACGCACGUGGCCGCGCACGCGUCGGUGGCCGAGGACGCGCAGCGCGUGCGCGCGCGCCUCGCCGCCGCCAACGCGCGCUGGGACCAGGCCUGCACGCGCGCCGGCGUGUGGCAGAAGAGGUUACAACGUGCGUUGGUGCACAACCAGCAGUUCCAUGAUAUCGUUGUGGAGCUAGUGGCGCGUCUAGCCGCGGCCGAGCGCGGCGUGCGCGCGCGCGAGCCGCUGCGCUUGUCGCGGCCGGCGGCCGAGCUGCAGCGCGACUUCCGCCGCUUCAGCGAGCUGCGCGAUGAGCUGAGCCGCGCCGAGCCGCGCGUGCACGCGCUGCACGACGCCGCGCAGCUGCUGCGCAGCGGCGACGCGCCGCCCAACGCGGAUGACAUCUGCCGAAGACUGGGCGAGCUGCGGCUGCGGCUGCAGUCGCUGCGCAAGCUGUCGGGCGUGUACGCGCUGAAGCUGGGCGCCGCGCUGGCGCGCCAGCCGCGCGGCACGUCCGCGCUCGCCGCCGCCGUCGCCGCCUCCGCGCCCAUGCUAAUGGAGGAGGAGGAAGAACAAAUCUCAACGCUGGAGCUGCCCCCCCUGGACGAGAACGAUGUGGUCGUAACUGAGGACGACGAGGAUCUGUCGCGGCUGCAGCGCAGCCUGCGGUUCGUGUGCCGCGUGGCGCGCGCGUCGCUGCCGUUCCAGGCGCUGCUGCUGCUGCUGCUGGGCGCCGCCGCGCUGGCGCCGCACGCCUCCUCCGACUGCAACACGCCCGGCCUGGCGCUCGAGCCCGUGCUGCGCUACCCCGACGGCCCGCCGCCGCUCUGAUCGACAACACGACGCCACCCACUCCCGGACGGCACGCCCGCUCUAAAGCUUACCGCCGGCUUAAAGAGGCCGGGCUGGCAUUUUUCAUUUUAGCCGGCUUAGCUGGCGACUUACGAAAACUUAAGCGGGUCGCGAACUCGGAAAUGGCGGUUUUUGAGUUGACGACCCGCUUCUAGUUUUCGUUUCUUCUGGCUCGGAUAUGCCGCCGCGCUCUGGCCGGUUUCGUGGGAAACUCGGCGUGAGCGCCCCACAUUCCAAUCGGUGCUCCGCCCGCCGCUUGUAAAUACCCUUUUGUAUAUUUGUUAUUUAAAAUUGAUGAAAGACAUCGGCGGGCGGGCGUCCUCGUUAUUAUUUAUAUGAAUUUGUAUCGAAGGCGACGGACCUGCUUCGCGCGUUGUUACUUAAAUCACUCUAGUUUGUAAGGACUGUGUACAAUAAAGUCAAAUAAAGCCUUUGCAAUUGAUUA